CGCAGGGCGGCGAAUAGGCUUGGCCGUGCUCGGCGCACGCGCGCCCCCCCUUCCCUCAGGGCUCAGUGUGUUUUCCUGUGCGCGCCCCCGACUAUAUCCGCGCCGCCGCUGCCAGUGCGUCGUGCCGUCUGUGUCUGUGUGAGAGGGGGGGAGAUGGACCGCGGGCGCUCGCCCCAUUAAUCCCGUCACCGCUCUAUCUGAGUCCUGACUGGAUUGUAACCGUCACCCCGGCCAGGCCCACACCGCCCGGUACACCGUGCCCCCCCCUGCCCCCCUCCCCCCCCGGCAGCCGGGUCUCCUCAGCCGCCCCUCUCGCGUCCACACCCCACUCACACACGGCAUUGAUGGUAAUGUAUGCAAGGAAACAACCGAGACUCAGUGAUGGGUAAAUGUCCGCUCGCUCCCUCCCCCGCUCCCUCGCUCUGUGUGUGGCGGAGCCGCCAUGUUUGUGUCGAACCCCCGAUCAGUGCGGGCGGGAGGAGCUCUGAGGGGCCGGGGGGGGGCUGCUGCUUUAUGGAGCUCGCUCUCUCUCUCCCCCCGGCCCUGUCACGGCUCAGCCCGGCUCUCUAACACCACCACUAACAGCACUCUCUCUCUCUCUCUUUUUGCAGCUGUCACGACCGAAGGGACUCCCAACCCUACCAGGUACUGAGAAAGGAAGCUCAGCCACUACUCCAGCUCAGGCUUCGGCCCUGACUAGGCCUCAGGCCGGAGAGAUAAAACGCAGACACCCUCCUCCUAAACCUACAGAUUCUAUAACAAAAACCCAGUGCCAGCAGCAGGAACACCGAGACAGACACUUACACAACAUUUCACUUAGUUAUUUAUUUACUUUAUCAUUAUUUUUACUGCAGUCAGUGAGUUAGCCAGUCUGGCCAUCCAGUGGCACUGUUUGUAAAGUUUAUGUGCCCAGGAAGGGGGAUUAAGAAAUAGGGGAACAAGGAAGGGAGACUAUAUUUUCAUGCAGAUAUUCUGCUUAUAUGAUGCUUUGCUGACCUUAAGGCGCAGGCAGUGUCAGGGAGUUGUGGUAGUACAACAGCUGGGGUGAAGGGGGAGGAGGAUCUUCUGGUCCUGUACUCAUAGAGUUUCUAAUUUAUGGUAAUUUGUAGAAGUACUAUUUUAGCCCUCAAAUUGCAUUAUAAUUUUGCCCUUUUACAGGUAAAGGCAUUUUGUGAAUGUGUUGGUGUAGCACAUUUUGUAGUGGUGACAAGUAGGGGGGUGGGGGGGGGGGAACGUCUAUGAUGCUCAGUUGCAUUUUAAAACUUUAGUCAUUACCGACAAAGGCAUAGUAGUAGCACUUGACCGCUUGGUUUGGAUUCAUACUGAAAUUACAGGAUCAAGGGUUAAUUUUACUCAGAAAUUUGGUAAACCUAAUUUUAAAGUACUUAAUGAACUAGUAAUAUAUGAAUGCCCCGUGAAAUAUUGAAUAUUGCACACGAGAAGAUUCACCAAAAAGUGGACAUUUUAUUUAUUGUGAGCGGUAAUUGUGAACUAUAUUUGUGCUGCCAACCAGCACAAGGAAUUUUGUCAGCAGUACACUGAUAGGAGCUGACCAGUAAUCAGCCAAUGUAUGGCUUUUUGGCAAAUCCUUAUGCUGGCUGACAGGAGUAAUAUAUCCUGAUUUGUUUUCACUUUAUUUAAUUGGAGUUAUUUUUAAGUCACUUUCCUUACUGAAACACUUUACAUUCCAUUUUAUACAUUUGUAAUUAGUAAUUUUUGCUUAAACUUCCUGAUAUGUGAUUGCACCUAAUCUGAAGGGUGUUUCAUUGAAUGUGUAAUAUUAGUACUGUAGCUGACAGUGCAGACAUAAAUUCUACUGCAUAAUGUAUUCAUUUUGCAGUCAUGUUGAAGAUACUAAAUGCUAUUCUGAUAAGACAUUAUAGGUCCUAAUGUGAGCUAUUAGUUUUUUUUGUAUUACAAAUAAUUUGAAGCUGCAAUGGAAAACAAUAAAGAAAUCUUGUUCUAUAUCCAAAUAUUUUAAGAAAUAUGAAAAGUUAGGUUUAAUUCUGAGAUGUUAGAAAAUUCAUUCUUUUAAAGAAGCAAUCGUUUUUACAGACUCUUAAGUAUUCAUCAAAGAGUCAUCCAAGCAGCAGUGAUCACCGUCAUGACAAGAUGCGAGAUUGUACAGAUCCAUCUCCCCCAAGUAAAAUGCGAAGAUCAGAUAGUCCUGAAAACAAGUAUGGCGACAGUGUGGGGCAUGGCAAAGCCAAAAGUUUACACGUUCACAGAGUCCGAGAGAGGGAUGGAGGUAGGUGAAAGUUGACUCGAAGUUUAGCUAUAAUAUGCUUAAAAGAAAACUAAAGUUGCAUUAACCAUUUCUCCAAUGUGAACACAUUUUUGUAAUGCAAGUGUUUUUGACAAAUCUUUCUGUUUUUAGUAGGACCGACUGUUCAAAUUAUUAACUGUUUGGAAAAAAGUGUUGCAGACUAGUGCCAAUAGGAGAAUGGCUUUGUGAUUGUGCAUAUUGAUGGUCACAAAAUAUGGAUUACCUGAAUUCUGUCAAUACAUUUAGUGAUUUUAUUUAUUUUUGUAAAUGUUGCAGAAUGCAUUAAUGAAGAAAUGGAUAACUUAUUUGAGGGUUUGCAAUCAAGAAAAACUAACUGUAUAGAAAAAAAUAGUAACACACUCAUUGUUUGCUAUAGGUAAAUCUUAAAGGAACACUGUAGUGUUAGAAAUAAAAACAUGUAUUCCUGACACUACAGUGCAUGGAUUACUGUUUAGGUCCCUGGCCUCCUUGUCUGUGGAAAUUAAAGGUUUAAAACAUAUCUUCUCCGUCACCAUGCUGGUUUUGCCUUGCCUGGUCCCACAUCAACGGCUGAGAUCUUUAAUUUUGAGGAUCUCAACCAAUCCAAUGCUUUCCCAUAGGAAAGCACUAGGAGGCUAUUACGCAUUUGCGGCAAAACACUGUUCUGCAACAAUCAGCGUUGCCUAAUAGAGAUGCAGUGAAUCAAUGCAUCUGUAUGGGGAAUGUUCAGCACCUCCAUGCAGUGCGUGUAGAUGCUGAACUCUAUUGCAUCACUGAGAUUGGAUGCACUUCUAGUGGCAGUCUAGACAUGUUCCUGGGUAUCAAAGUAAACACUGCCUUUUGUACAAUGUUGACACCACAGGGACGUGCUACGUCACUUUAAAAUUAUUGUCCAUAUCUUACUUUUAUCUUAGCAUUUCCUCAUUCUUAAAGGGAAAUUCAACUGCUUAAAUAGAAAUCACUGUUUAACACAUUCAUUUUUUUUUUUGAUUGGUGGUAUAUCUAAAAAACAGCUUGCAAAAGCUGCCAAUCUCUUGUCCGGAGACUCUGCAAGCCCUCCCCUUCAAACCAAAUCUAGACUUUCUAUGGUUGUCCAAUCACAGACUUCCUAAUGCAGCUCAAGAAGACUUCUUGCAAGGCCAAUGCUCUGGGCAAUUGCUUCCUCUUGAGUUUAGCUUCACUGAGUGAACGAACAGGGUUGGUUGUCUGACAGCCAAGGAACAUAACGUAAAUUUAUAAAGGUGACAAUUUCUAUAGAAAUCUAAAAAAAAAUAUUUUUUUUGUAAAAUGGAGAAAAGAAGGCACACUCUUCACACACAAAGCUCUUCAGCAAGCUGAAGUGUCCUUUUAUGUUUCCAAGCUGGAGCAGAACUGUAUGUUUCAAUGUAUUGACAGAUGUGACACAGGAUGCUGAAAAAAGCAUUUUUUGUUGUCACUGAACUGAGUUCUUAUGACUACUUUACAGUGUGUGAAUUGAACUUCAGGUUCUCAUUUAUACAGAAAAUUAAAAAUUGUCUUGGCAAUUCAAGAUUUUCUGUCCUAUCUUUUAAUAUACAUAUCUUUUAAAAUAGUAUUAUAUUUUUUUUUUUUGCAGGUUUGUUGUAUUUUUAAUCAUGUAAACAUGUGCAAUCAACCUGUCAGCAACAAAUAGAUAUGUUUACAGUGAAACUGUCACUUUUAGAAGUGACAUGAACCUUAUUUUAAGUGAUAUUGGAGCAGUUACUGGAAUGUGUUUAACAGGGGAGGGAAUUAUAAAACGUUUUUACUACUGAAGUGCUUUUUGUUCUCUGGGAGCACUCUCUCAUCUGCUUAAAAAUGCUUUGUGUGCAUGCACGCUUUGGCCGCAGUUCCAAAAUGUGAAAUGUGCACACAUGCUAUCACAGCACCCGUGCAGGGCAGUUUUACUUUUAAAUUAAUUUACAUUGUAUGCUAUUACUCUGCUAGGUCAUGCAAGUAUAGAGUGUAAAUUUAAAAAUUGCUUUUAGUUAUUUAUCAGGGUGCACUAAAAUAUCACAUGUGAAAGUUCCACAGUAGCAAAUAUUUUUUUUUGUGUACGCUUUACCUGCAUUCUGUUGUGGAUCCAAAAAUUCUAUCACAAUGUCUCUCUAACUUACGUCGAACUUGGCAAGAACCAACCAACAAUUCAGCAGAUUUUCCGAUUUUGUUUUGGGUUUAGCCUAUGUUUAAUAGGUUAGUAUUUCUUAUUUGUAAAUCACCUAUGUGGCAUGUAAGGAAUGAUUUGGUUGCCUUUUACAAACCAACUGUGUAUUUUCUGUACUGCAGCAUUAUGCUAACCAGGGUACAUAAAAAUAGACAAUAUUAAAAUAGUUUCUGUUCUAAUGUGCUGUGUGAACAUAUAGGUUUCCAAUAAGACUAUCCAUGCAGUUACACUAGAGAUUCUACAUUCUAAUUAUUGAGUAUGGAACAGUAAAUAUAAAUAAGGUUAAAUGGGCACUUUUAAGCACAUUAGCCACUAUAGCCUGAUGUAGUGGUUAGGGUGUUGCACAUACUGUCACCUGCUCCUAUAUCAAACUGGUUUCUAUACACAUUGAGGGUUCCCCAAGUGUCCAUGCUAAUCUCAUUGCUAAUGCUGAUUGAGUUUUAUGUCAUUCUCAGACUCCAACAAUGCCAUUUGAGUGAAAUUGCAUUGCUAUUGUAGCAGUGUAGAUGGAGCUGGGAGUGUGUGCCUACAGUCUUGGUUUGUGUCAUACCGACACAUACAAGGGCUGUAGUGGUUAUACCACUUGCAGUGUAUGUAUUUUGAAUGUGAUGUGAGGCUUGGGAACAUGAUGGUUAUGACGUAAGUACUCCCACACCUAUGCUCAGUUAUAGAGGGCAGCAAGAAUCCUAUUAAAUAGUUACAGCAAAAUGAAACUUCACUGCAAAAAAAGUAAUGUUACAUCAAAAUAACAGCACAUAUAAAGCAGCAUGAUUUCUUUUUUUUUUUUUUUAAAUACUUUAUUUUAAGUUGACAAAGAAUACAUAUACAGUUCGGGCAGAGUUUCUGACCCAAUGUAGUCUUAGCAUACAGGAUACUAUAUACGUGAUACCAUAUACAGAUCUGGUUCACAACUUUAGGUAACAAGCAGUAUAGUCGUGCUACAUUCACAUAUCCUUAUAUCGUGCUCCAUGGUUUCCUCCUCCCCGACUUCACUGUGAUAUAAAUCUAGUCAACGUUAUUUUCAUAGUAACAUAAACAAUCCUCUAACAAAAACUGGUCUAGCUGUCAGGUAUGCUUCUUAGUACUGUACAAACUGAUGGGCGCCCCUCUGACCCCUAGUGUUCGCAGUCUGUGCUUUAUUGUUAUAGCACUUUGUUAUGGGGGGAGGGGGUUGGGGCAAGGGGGGUCUGUGCCCCGACUUUCUGCUAAUGGUUCAGACUUUGUGAUGUAACAAUGAUCUGCUCCGGUUCGUAGUGGGGUCGUUAGGUGUCUCCAUUGAAUAAUAGGAGCCCAUAGGAGAGGCAACUGCCUGCCUUCACAGUGCUUCACAUAUACCCUGGCCAGUUUUCGGUAUUACCUCCCCCUUGAGUGUGGGGGUAAAUAACUACUAGUAGAGAGAGAAAAGGAUAGAUAAAGCAAGAAGUGAGAGAGAGACGGGGAGGACAGGAUGAUGGAGCUCCAGCUCCUUACUGCCCUAUGUUACAAUCAUAAGCUUCACUAGCGGAGCAUUGAUAGUUGCUCAGGAGGCUACUUUCCCACAUGGUUUUUCAUGGUUCCCCUAACCCUGGCAGUUAGGUCAUCUAUUAAGUGUACUUCCUUGACCCUGUUUAUGACCUCUGCUAUAGAUGGAGUACUUUGUUUGAGCCAAUCUGAGGCCACCGCUCGCCUAGCCACUAGAGUAAUUUUGUGUAUAAGCUUUUGUUAGUUUCUGGACCACCUGUCGAGUGAUCUGCUGUGUAAGUAUAGCCAGGAAUCCAAUGCAGGGGCUCUGGAGGACACUUGGCUCAGCAGGUCCCUAAUCUGGUUCCAGAAGCGUUCUAUCUGCGGGCAUUCCCACCACAUGUGGAUAUACGUCCCUUUCAGUCCACACCCCAUCCAACAGCUGUCUGUUGGAGUCUUUUUAAUUUGAUGCAGCUUAACAGGAGUGGUGUACCAGCGGAGCAUCGUUUUAACAGCUUGCUCCUGAAGGGUCACACAAACAGAGGAGGCGUGAUUGGCUUCCCAGAUUUCCUGCCACUCUAUGCCCUCCAGUAACAUGAUUUCUCAACAAUGGUCAUCUGCAAUGUUUUGACCUUUACACUGUUAUUUCUCAAGCUGGGGCUUAAAACAUUGCGCACACAGCUUCUGUAUAAAAUAGUUUUAUCUUGUAUUUUUCUGUCUGCAGUCUAUACAUAAGUGUUCCUGUUUAUUAUAGAAGGGGAAUGUGUAUCCUGUCCUUUGACAUUACAGGGUUAUUCACUAAAGUGAAGAGAGAACUAUGCUUUCAGUUCAGCUACUCUGGCCUUAAAUUUUAAAUUAACUUUGAAUUAUCACUUUAGUAAAUAAUCCUGUUACUGUUGUGGUACCCAAGCAUACUUGAAGCAAACUUGGUAUCUUAUAAAUCAAAAGCCUGCAGUCAACAAGUCUCUGGUUGCAGCUCAGUGCUAAACUCUUUUAUUAAUCAUGCAUGAUUUUCACAAUGUUUGCUUCAUACUGCCAGGCAAACAUGUGCAUAGCUAACAAAAAUACUAAUACCAAAUUGUGGUAAAUUGACACAUUAAAGAUGUACUAAGUUAAUAGUUGUACAACUUUUAGUUGAGCAAAAAUCUCAUUAAUGACUCAGUACAACUACUAUUUGUUUACUUUUUUUUUCUUGUUUUGACACUUACAGUGUGUGUGUAUUUAAAAAAAAAAAAAAAAAAUUUUUUUUUUUGGAAAAGCAGUUUUGUGUUGAACUGCCAUGGAACAUUAAGCAUUGGCAUUUUGAAAUCCACCUGGUGAUAUUUUCCGUCCCUUGAAACUCUGCCCCUACACAUACUGGGGAAUAGGUUUAUGCACUAGGUUAGGUGUCUAAAACUCAGUUGAGUUGUUAUGGACCUGUUAAAGGUACGCAUUGGGACUGGAAGUAAUCUACAAUUUUUCAAGGAAAACCUCUAGUUUGAUAAUCUCUACAGCCUGUUGUACUGGUGUUGGUUACAAAAGUGCCCUCCUUGGGUAAACACUCGUUUAGUUUUUGAAAACCAUUUGACAACUUACCCGGAGGUUCUCUGGGUACCCACCAUCAUUUUCUCUCCAGCCAGAUGGUCCAUCACUGAGUCCCGGGGGGGAGUGGAGAAUGGUGGGUAGUAGAACACUGAGACGGGGGUGGCAUGUUACACUUUGGGACAGGGAAGGGGGGUUAGAACACUAGGGGGGAGAGAGGAACAUUAAGGUAGGACACUAAGGUACAAGGAAGGGAAAAGGAACACUGGGGUAGGUGGGUGCACUAAAAGAGAAGGGGAAUAUUAAGGGGAAUGGGGGGAGGGCACAAAGAGACAGGUAAGGUGCGGGGGGUGUUCCUACUGCACAUAUUUACACACAAACACACACAUUGCAUCCACUACACACACACACACAUUGCAUCCACUACACACACACACAUAUUUUUGAAAACAUAAAAAAAAUCUGACUGGCAUGUAUAUUUUGUGCAUUUACCACUUAAUAAAAAAAAGUGCAAAAAAUGGUAUAUGUGCAGAAUAUCGGUAAGCAAUCAGCCUGAAAGUUCACAGAUUAUCGGUAUCUGCUCAAAAAAAAAAAUCAAUAUCAGUCAAUCCCUACUUUAAAGGGGGUCAGGACUGCAUUAAACCAUGCAGCCCGAUGUGUGACGAGAACUCUUGUCCUUAAUGCUGCUUAUAGAGUAGGGUAUCUUAACUUAAGCGUUAACAAAAUUUAUGGACCAAAACAGGGUUUGACAAAUCCUGGUCGCCAUGGCAACUAGAAUUUUCGGGAGCAUUGUAAGCGACGUAUGAGGGAACAGUAAUAUACCUGCAGUUCUUCGCUGCUCACUUUAAUGAUGCCGGGAGGUGGAGUAUGACGUCCCCUCGGCAUCACUACACAGAGCGCGAGGUAGCUGCAGGAAGAGAGCAGCCCCACUGGACCCCAGGGAAAGAUUCACUCAGUUCUCCCAAAGGUAGAGAGGCUGGGUGGAUUUCAAUUAAAAUAAAAAUCUCAGUUUGUGUGUGUUUAGGCACCUUCCUCCUCCCAAUCGCACGAGAGGUGGUUUUACUCAACUUUUUUUCUCAUGCCGUGCCCAUUUCGCCAUGGCGGGUCAUGCAUUCAUGGCUGAAAUAAUCUGUCUUUAUGAUCUCGGCUAAGGGAGGGUAUUCUGUAUGCGCAGCAAAACAAUGUACCAAUCAGCAUCUCCUCAUAGAGAUGCAUUGAAUCAGUGCAUCUCUAUGGGGAACAAUCAACGCCUCCAUACAGAGCAUGGAGAGGCUGAACGUAGGUACUGCACACUGUGCAGCACUGACCAAGUACUCUCUAGUGGCCAUCUAAGUGACUGUUACUAGGCAGCAAUAUAAACACUGCUUUUUCUCUGAAAAGGCAGUGUUUACAUUGAUGUGUCUGCAGGUACAGGCUAUAGACACCAGAACAACUCCAUUAAGUUGUAGUGGUUCUGGUGUCUAUAGUGCUUCUUAAGAAUUGCAUUAUUCUCCUUGAAAAUUGAACUCCAAAUUAGUUUUUAACCCCCCCCCUUGUCUCCCCCCCCCCAAAAAAAAUAAAAAUAGAUUCUAAACAAAUUUUCAAGCCCUGAACUAAAACAUAAAAGAUAACUGAGACUUAAACAUGUUGGCAAGAUCUACAUUGCAAACAACACUUUUGGUUAUCACAGCCACUAGUUGCUUUCAUGUAUUCAGUCUGUGAACCCACUGUCCUCUGAACAAGAAGGGUGCUUUUAUCUGGGUCCCAGGUUUCCGUAUGAUUUUCCAGCUUUAGGAGGUGUUUGUGAGGGUGGCAGUCCAAUUGCUUACAAAAAGUCAGAUACCCCAGACAUAGAUGUAAGAUUGUGAGCAGUCCCGUUAUGAUUGACUAAUAGAGAACCAGUGUUCCCCCAUUUGUAUGGUACUCCAACUUUUCUCAAAGACACUGUGACAGGUCUGAUGGACUUGCGCCGGAGUAGGGUGUCUCUGAGGUUUUGAAAGAAUAAAAGCUGGGAGUUUUCAAAGACCAGAGGUGGCUUACCUUUCAGGGCUGACAUCAUUCGUAUUUUGUUGUGCAAAGUCACACAUUGUAGUAUUACAUCUACAGCUACUCAGUAGAUCCAAUCUAGGAUGAUUUUAUUGGCAACUGAAUGUGACCAUAUAAUGGAAAGCAGGUGCCGACUAUAGUGCGGCAGUUUGUCGGUCAAGACCGUAGUGGGGACUCGGAAUUUUGAUGUGCGUUUAACGUUGCCUGUUUUCGAGGGACAUUAUUUGGGCAGCCUACACUUGCUGCUCUGCUUGAAUUUGUUGGACCGAAUCCUUGAGGGUGGACACAGUUAUGGAUUUCAAUAAUGUCUUCCUCCGUGGUCAGUAACAUGUUGUAUGUCCGUUUUAACUAGGGCAACAUCAGCUGCUAUUAAUUUUUGUAUGUCGACCAGGAGUAUUUUUAAGUUCUGUUUAGUGGUGGCGGCUUUUGGAGGACAGGAGCCAGUCUUGGAUGGAGAUGCUGAAUGUUCCUCAUAGAGAUGAUUUGUGCAGCCUUUUGCUGCGCAUUCGCAAUAAACUCCCAAAGCAUUGACUUAGCUGAGAUCGUUAAGAUUGAUCUCCGCCAUAGAUAUCUUCCAGUGGGACUUCUCUGAUCAUUUUCCUGCUUUUCGCCUCUGCUCUCCUGCAUUCUCUCUGUAGUAAUGCCGGAGCGUCGUCAUAUUCCGGCUACCGGCAUCACUGAACAGCGCGAUGGAGCAGAGAGGAACUGCUGGAAGAUUACUGCUCCCACGCUAGCCAGAGCGAAUUCCCAUGCUACCCCAGGCAUUCAACUUCUCUAAAAGGCUGCCAGGACAGAAUCACAGGAGCUAGGACAACAUUUCUCGUCUACCUGGCGUCUGGGAUCUGUCGAGCCCGGAGAUAAAAUAUUUUUAAAAUACAAACGUCACCAUUUCUUUUUUAAUUAUUAAAACUGCAUCACAUGUAGAAGUGUGAACGGCAGACAGCCAUCUCAGUCUUGCAUUUUUUUUUUUUUUUUUUAUCUCCUUAUCCCACAAAUUGUAUUUAGUAGAGCAUAGUUGUGCUGCAAUUUCAUUCUAUACCAGUUUAUAGUAAAGAAUAGAUGAGCUGCAAUUCCAUUUGAGUAAAACGGUUCUGUAAACUGUGGACAGUUGAAUCAGGUGGCAUUUGUUCGGCUAUGGCUUGGAGUAGGAGGAUGCUCUUACUUAACUGGUUUGGACAGUAAAGGAGGAAGUAAAAUUUUCAUAUUUGGAGAGGGGGCAAUCCAUUUUUAAAGAAAUGCUUCAUUACUGGUGUUACUUGUAAUGGACUCUGGUAGGUGUGUGUAUAUUUGCAACUCAAGCGAUCUCUGUAUAACUUCCUAGUAACAUAUUAGUGGGCACAAAUCAUCCAAUAUGGAAGUACAGGUUUUUACUUUAAAAAAUUUGCCUUUACUUUUCUAAAUUAACUCACUGUAGAGGUUUUCUUGGGCAUCCAUGAAAAGCCACAGGGAGAUGUGCAAUAACAAGUAUUUUCUAUGUUUAUUCACUAAAUAGUUUACUGACGUCAAUGGGAUAGUCUCAUGUAAUUGUCCCAAAUCCAGAAACCAAACUCCUGAACAUCUUUCAUAUAUGAAAGAAGCACAUAGGCCAUCUUAGUGCAUGUAAAUGAACAAAGGUUUUAGUUUUAUUUUCUAUGAUCCCUUUUAAGCAGAGCAGCAUUACAUAAUUUUCAAAAGACCCAUUCAUGGUUUUGUCAUAAGCAAAAAAUGCAGGCUUUUGAAGACUGACCUCUGAGGAGUGAAUGCUAUUAUCCAUUAAACAUGUGGAUGACCAGAUCUGCUUCUGGUACAUAUAAAAAUGUAAUCUAAACAUUAUGCAAGGAAAACUAUAGUAGUUUGCAUAGGUUAAAACCAGGCUUAACAAAUUUUCCCUGAAUCUAAGAGCCAGCUAAAAAAGUUAGGAGUCAGCCUGUCCCUGCAUGCUUUUCAACGUAAACACUGCCUUUUUGGAGAAAAAUCCAGGCACCAUGACAAAAUUCUUUAGUCGACCUAGCGGCUGGGAUUUGUCGAGCCCUGGUUUAAAAUAUACAUACCUGCACUGGCCACGUGUGAACACAACCUAGGCAUAGGUGAAAUGGCUCAACCUGAUUGUUGCAUAUGUUAUAAUGUAAUAUACUCAAGUUUAUGUUUACUGUAUGAGAUUUUGCAAUGUAUAUCACCCAAGCUGGCAGCGUGUAUAACCUACCUGCUUCUUUUUACCCUUAAAGGAUCAAAGCGGUUUUCCUUACACUAUAGUGCCCUGAGGGUUCCCCCUCCCGGGGCGCUGAAGGGGUUAAAACCCCUUCAGCUACUUACCUUAUUCCAGCGCCGGGCUCCCUCGUUGAGUGGAGCAGAAUGCGCAUGCGCAGAAAGUGCCGCGCAUUCAAUCAGUCCAUAGGAAAGUAUUUCUCAAUGCUUUCCUAUGGACGCUCUGCGCGAUGGAGGCAUAAUAUGCCUCCAGCGUCGGAGAUGCGCCUCUAGUUGCUGUCCGGAAGACAGCCACUAGAGGAUGGCUUAACCCUAAUGUAAACAUAGCAGUUUCUCUGAAACUGCUAUGUUUAUAUCUGAAGGGUGAAAACCUGAGGGACCUGGCACCGAGACCACUUCAUUGAGCUGAAGUCAUCCCUUUAAUAAAGUUUGCCAAAAAAAAUAACAUAUACACAUACCUGGAAAAAAACGGCAAUGGAUAUGAAAACUGUCUAUUUCUGCCUUAAAUAACUUUCCAUAAUGUGGCUGUAAACUAGACAUAGUGGUAUGUUAAUUGUCUAAUAGGGUGGUGGAUUUGAAUGAAGAUGGUUGAGAAGCAAUGCAAAAGUGAAGGCUAUUGGGCAGAAAAAAAAAAUAUAUAUUCUCUUCUAAAAGUAAUUUUUAUUCAUUUUUCCGGUCAUUAAGUGGUCUUGCAUAGCAAGACCACUUAAUGUUAUCUCACAUAUAUAUUAAGUGUUCUUGCAUAGCAAGACCACUUAUUGUUAUCUCACAUAUAUAUUAUUAUUCUUAUUAUAGCCAAAUUUGCCACCCUAACUCCUCCCACAGUUUUUACACUACAUAGACAAAAAUUUACCAAAACGUGCAGAUUGUUCCCGAUCGGAUUGCUAUUACUUUGUGGAACGUUUCGCCGAAUGGUUCACGGAAUAUCGUCGUUCCUGUGGCGAAAUUUGUCCCAUAGGAAUGAAUGGCAAAGCUAGAGUGGGAGCUGGCAAAAGCUGAAAAAUCAGGACAUGAUUUCUAAACUGCCACCACUCCCUUAUUUUCAGGCCCACCUACACAAAUCUUAUAUCAAAACGUUCAGCUAUCCCUGCUGCCACUAAACAUGUCAGCGGCUAAGCCAUAGUCCUGAUAGUUUUCACAAUAUAAUCAUUUGUUUGCAACUAACGCCGUCCAUUGACUUUCAUUGAAACUUCACUCUGCAAAGCUCACAUUUGAAGUGCAAUUUCCAAACUGCGACUGUGCCUUCAAUUUUAAUACUUCAGAGACAUACUAUGCAUCAAAAUGUAGGUCUGGGUCUUGUGAUUCUCACAAUAUAAAGCUCUUCGCUGUAGGAGUUAUAGUUUAAGAUACAACCGUUUGAAUAUGGCAAACGCCAAAAUAUUCUGACCUGUGUAAGGCUGCAGCAGCAAGUGAUGUCAUAGACAGGGCCUUUUGUACACCUGCUAAUGUUUUUAUAAAUGUAUGGUUUAAUGUAACUGCAACAACGUUGCAAUUAAAUGUGCUAUAUAAAUGAUAAGUUACUCCGCCCACUCCAGUUGUAGACUACUGGUGGAGGCAAGAACACUUCACACAAUUUCCCCAGAAAUUGUAGCUUUUCUAGUUAGUAAAUAUAAUCCUGAGUCCAGUGGUAACAGGUUACGGACUUCGAUGUACUUGACAAUUGAUGUCAAGAGCCAUACGUGUAAUUUAUCUUUAAACUGUUCUGAAUAACUUUCACCUUAAAAGAAUCUAUUAUCUUGCCCCCUGAUUAAAGGGUUUAAAAAAAGCUUUUCCGCUUACUUUAUUUGCCGAGGUCCCUCGCUGCUGGCUCCGUCUCUAACUUCACUGACGUCUGCACUGGGGGCGAAAACGAAUGUGGAUGCGCGUCAAGUGCCGCACUCGCGUUUGCAUUUCCCAUCAGAAAACACUGAAUCGGUGCUUUCCUAUAGGGAUUUUUAAGAAGCUGGACAUCCUCAUGCAAAGAGUGAGAACAUCUAGCGUCGUGUCUUGGAGUUAAUCUCGGUGAAACAGUGGCAAGUGCCUUUAUUGGUUGUCUUAAUCCUGCAAUGUAAACAUUGCAGUUUUUCUAAAACUGUUUUGUUUUACAUUGCAGGGAUAAGGGGACUGGUACACUGCACCCAGACCACUUCAAUGAGGUGAAAUGGUCUGUGUGCUUAUCGUGUCCCUUUUUAUGUUUUUAAGCUCAUUAAACAGUGAAAGAGUGAUAAAGUAUUGAUAGCUCUAUUUCGUGUUUUUAUAUAAAUGUCUAUAAACGUGUCCCUUUAGAAUCCCUUCAAAAUUUGAAAUUGACUUCUACAUAGCGUUUGUUUAUUUACAUUUAAUUUAAAAACUCCAUUUGUGCUUUCUUUGUGUUUCUAGUAGAAAACAAUCUAAAGUAGUAAUUAUCUAAAACAUCUUAUUUCAUCUAUGAAGCUGUGAAGAAAAUGUUGUAUGUUUAUGAGGUAGCAAUUUCUAUCAGUCUGUUAAAGGAAAAGCAUAAUUGUUUCAGUAAAGCGUAGUAGUAUUAUAGUCUCUAGCCCAGGGGAAGGCAAUCUUUGGCUCUCUAGUCUUUGUGUUCAGCAUCUCCCCAGAUGUUUUACCAUAAUUAUGGCUUCAAGAGCAUUAUGGGAGGUGUAGUCCACAACAUAUUGAGUGCUGAAGGAUAUCUAGCCCUGCUCUAGCCUUUGUGCAUGAUAUUUUGUAAUCCAUACUUGAAUACUGGUACCUUCUUUUCAGUGUAUCUCUUGAUUUAAGAGAAACUCCAUUGAAAACAUGCAUGUAUUUUUAGGACGGGAUAGGGAUAAGGUCAUAUGAGUAAAAAAGUUUCCUCCUCCUAAAUGUUACACUGCUUCAACAUACAACAUUUAGUUAUUUAAAUGUAAUUCUGUAAUGUAUAACUAUCAAUAGUACAAUCCAGGCAUCAAAGCCAGAGCCAUUCAUCUGUAUAAAAACCACCAUAGUAAAUAAACCUAUUGUAGUAAUUAUGGUGUCUGGAUCCCCCUUGUGAAACCUCUAUUUACGAACGGUUUGAUAUAAACUGAUGUCUUCCUAGUGCCUGUAGAUGCUAAUGCGGAAGGGAACUUCAUGUUAGUGAUGUGGGUAGGUAGGGGCUGGGUUGAGUUUUUUAAUAAAAUAUGUAAACAUAAUCACGAGAGUGCCAAGGGCAUUCUGGCACGAUAUUUACUACAUUGGCAUUAAUGACACCCCAACCACUAUCAUGUGAACUGGAAACAGCAGCCCUAUGCAGGAGUCCUUCCUUCAACUCUAUUGAAAUUAUUUGACAAUGUAUAGUGCGUACACCUGGAUGUUCACUUGCAUUACCUAUGAGAUGCCUCAUUACAUUUUUUUUUUUUUUUUAACUAUCUGAAGAGUGUAAUAACAAACAAGUAAACUUUGAGCAUCAGUUAAGUUACACAUUAGGGGAAACAAAAUCACAUUUUGAUAGCAGAAUGUCUGUGCCAUUAGGAAAAGAUCUGACAUUUUGUAAGCUAUAGUGAGUUCUGAUAAAGUGCUUGCUUUAGGUUAACUUUUUGUAACCCAGUGGUCACAGACUUGAAUUCCUAAGGCAGAAUUUGACAAAUUCAAGUUGCUGUGCCAACAGUGGGAGCCUGGUUUUAAAGAUUUGUCUCCCUGUCAGUAAGGUGAGAUUGCUAUAGGCUCUGCAGCAACAUUAAUUACAGCUGUGGGAGAAUGAAAUAUCAGAGCACUUCCUCCCAUAGCUGUGUAUCAUAAUGCCACAUGGGAGACCAAGGAUAGCCCUGAAGAUUGUAUUGGUUAUCACAGCAUACAAAGACAUAUGCUCUCCACAAAUGCAAAGACAGAAUGCUGCAUCAUUGAGGUGAGCAGCAGGAUUAAGAGAAACAGUCAAACCAAUUCAAAGGAGAUUGUAUUAGUUGUCUCUGUGGUAGGCAAAUAGUAAAUUCAGGCAGAAAGCUUUUGCCUAACUUGUAUUAACCCCUUAAGGACACAACUUCGGGAAUAAAAGGGAAUCAUGACGGAAUAUUUCUGUCAUGUGUCCUUAAGGGGUUAAGGCAGGUCAAUUUGCAGUUGCCAGGGUGCCUAUUGCCUAGCAGUAGCCACUUUUCCAGGUUGCUUGGUUCAGUUUUUGGGAGCAAUAGUCAGUUACCUGGGGUUGCCUGGGCACCUAUUUAUUAGCAGUGAAAAUUUAAUUGGUGCCAGUUGACGAGCAUGGUCAGCAUUCCCAGGGGUUACCAUGGAGUCUAUUGACAAGCAGCUGCUACUUUACCAGGGAUGCCUCGAGCAGGGGCCACUUUCCUAGGGGUUUGCCAUGGGGUCUGUUGAGCAGCUGCUACUUUGCAUGGAUGCUUAUGUGCUCGAGCAGGGAUCCUUUGUAGCUAUUGGCAAUGAAGGGCCACUUUACUGGGGUGCCUAGACACUUAUUGGCGAACAGGGGCCACUUUACUAAGGUACUUUCCCCACCUAUUAGAGAGCAAUGGCCUCUCUCAUGGAGCACUUAAAGGACCACUCUAGGCACCCAGACCACCUCAUCUUAAUGAAGUGGUCUGGGUGCCUGGUCCAGCUAGGGUUAACCCAUUUUUUCAUAAACAUAGCAGUUUCAGAGAAACUGCUAUGUUUAUGAAUGGGUUAAGCCUUCUCCUAUUUCCUCUAGCGGCUGUCUCAUUGACAGCCGCUAGAGGCGCUUGCGUGCUUCUCACUGUGAUUUUCACAGUGAGAGCACGCCAGCGUCCAUAGGAAAGCAUUAUGAAUGCUUUCCUAUGUGACCGGCUGAAUGCGCGCGCAGCCAGCCGACGGGGAGGAGAAGAGGAGGAUCGGAGGAGGAGAGCUCUCCGCCCAGCGCUGGAAAAAGGUAAGUUUUAACCCCUUUCCAGAGCCGGGCGGGUGGGGGCACCCUCAGUGUUUUCCUGGCACUAUAGUGGUCCUUUAAUAAUUCAUAGAAUACACCCACAUAAUGGCCUCAUCCUAUUAAUAACAUGUUAAUCACCCUUGUCUGUAACUUUCAAUGUGUUAUUCCUCUUCCUAUUGGGCAUUGUAUGAACUAUAACCAUUUUAUCUCAUUAUAGUGCUUGGAGUACUCUGUCACUGUCCCUCCAUUAAGUGUUAAAUCAUUUUUAAACUGUUUAACAGUAAGGGUCCCUGGCCACCCACAGUCCAUCCCCUACUGGAGGUUGGGGCUGUACUGGUAUGGCUAAGACUGUGUUACACUUCCUUCUAGCCAUACCGAUUCAUACCAGUAACGGUGGCUGUCAGAGGAAGAAAAAGGUCAGCUCUUUUGUUCAAUCACCACCACACCUUGAUGCUGGGGACUCUUGUUUGAAAUUAAAAUAUGAAAAACGAACACUGUAUGGAGGGAUGCUACCACAGGACUCCAGACACUAUAACCACUUCAGUGAGAUGAAGUUGUUACAAUGCCUACAGUGCCUGUUUAAAUCAAGAUUCUGUUUUAUUUGCCAGUCAAAUCUACCCACAAUCUAUCAGUACAAUGAAUCCCACAGAAGGGCAAACUGUAGACCUCAUAAGCAAAUGAGAACAACAUGGCUGCAUCCAGAUAGCUAGCACUAGAGAGCAAAAAAAAAAAAAAACCCAUGAAGACAAGGAGGGGAGUCAAAUCAUUCAGAUACAAGGGACAUUUAGGUUUCUGCAGCAUGACCCUGUCUCUCUCACACCUCUGUUUUUGCAAAAAUGUCUUUUAGAUUGAAAGUUAAAACGCAUUGCUUGGUAAAUGAGAGAUCAGUGGAAGCUGUAUUGCUGACUUGACUCUGUCCCACAGCCUAUCACAGUCCUCAUAUUUCCAGAUGGCUCAUAAAUUACACUCUGCAGUAGUCAUUGACAAGUAAAAAUUUGCUGUGACCAGUAACUUUUGAAACUUUGUUAGUAGCAUAUGUAGUAGUUUUAAAAUGUGAAGCCCUAUUUUUUGUAUAGUAUUUGAAAGCUGUGCCAAGGGGAAAGGGGGCAGACCAUAAAAGUACAGUGAUUGUCUGUGGUCAGUCAUGUCAGUAGUCCAUUUCACACUGAUCUCUCAUGUUCAUGCUUUAAGUUGUUUGUGACUAGAGGAUAUUUUUAAGGUCCUCAGUUUGCCAAAGAUUAGGUGCUACAUAAAAACUAUUUCCAGCUUUUACAUAUGUAUAUAGAAGAAUAUCUAAGGUGAAAUCUUAGGAUAAAUAGGCGGGGAAUAGAGCAACAAAAAAUGCAAAGUGACCAUGCUGCUUUAAUUGUAGCCGCAUGUCAUUAUUUUGAAGGUUGGUGGAGUUGAACUUUCAUUGUGUUGAUAGCUGUAGGGAGUGAUUCUCUUGAAGGUUUUUUCCUUUCUGCACCUCCUAAAAAGACAGAGCAGAGGUAGAACAUAGGCAGGUAUUGAUAAUUGCUUUGGUGGUUAUUAUGCUAGGAGUACUUUGGCAUUGUUCCUCGGUCAUGGGGGGCAAACCAUUCUGCAAUGGUUUGCUCUUAACUGAGUUGUGGUGUUCUCCUUUUCAGUAUGUUUGACAUAUGGCUUUUGCAGAUUCAUUCAUUGUCUCAGAGAAUCAGCUGACCAGUCUCAACUAAUGAGUCCGUGUUUGUGUAUAGAAAUAGACACACAAUGACGUUGGGGAGCCUGGAACUCCUUGUUCCGGACUGGGCUGGUUAAUGAAUUCCCAAUGACACUGCCGGAAAUAUAGUUACUCCUGAACACCAGAGGGGUUAAACGAAGUAUGAGCAGCAUAUCCUAGCAAAGCGCUGCAAAUACAGACUUCAGUCACCACAAUAACUUCAAAUUACUGAAGUGGUCGUGGUAACUGGAGUAACCCUUUAAUAUAUGCAACUGUGCAUACUGGCCUCUUGAUCACCUCUAAAUCCUCAUUGUUGUACACUUAAAGAUCCUCUCAGAUUUCACAGGAAUCAGAGUUGGAAUUGGCACUGGAAUAUUUUUUAUUUUUUUUUUGACUAUAUUGGUUUAAAACUGCAAAACCUUUAAACCCCUUUUAAAUGCACUUAGAUAAUUAAUUAGUGAUAUAUAUAUAUUUUAAGAGUUGCACCAAAAUGAAAAUUCUGGUCCUAAAUUCAGGAUGCCCUUGGCCGAAAACCGAAAAUGACUUUUUUCCCCAAAGGAUUUUUAAAUAGUUUUUUCCUAUAAUUUUAUUAAUGACUUUUUAAUUUAAUGAAUCUAAUAUGAAAAACGUCCCUUCUCGUUUAGUGGCCCCCUACCCCAAUGUUCCUUUUCCCUUCCCUGUACACCCUUAAUGUUCCUCUCCCCUCACUCUUUUUUUUAGUGUUCUUACCCCCUUCUCCCCUGUUCUUUAGUGGGUUUUUUUCUCCUCCCCUGACCCUUAGUGUUCUUUUCUCCCCCCUCCUCACCUGUCCCAUAUUGUUCUUUACCCCCUCACCUGUCCCAUAUUGUUCUUUCCCCCCUCACCUGUCCCAUAUUGUUCUUUCCCCCCUCACCUGUCCCAUAUUGUUCUUUCCCCCUCACCUGUCCCAUAUUGUUCUUUCCCCCCUCACCUGUCCCAUAUUGUUCUUUCCCCCACCUGUCCCAUAUUGUUCUUCCCCUCACCUGUCCCAUAUUGUUCUUUUCCCCUCACCUGUCCCAUAUUGUUCUUACCUGUCCCAUAUUGUUCCUACACCUGUCCCAUAUUGUUCUUUCCCUCACCUGUCCCAUAUUGUUCUUUCCCCCACCUGUCCCAUAUUGUCUUCCCCCUCACCUGUCCUAUAUUGUUCUUUUCCCCUCACCUGUCCCAUAUUGUUCUUUCCCCCUCACCUGUCCCAUAUUGUUCUUUCCCUCACUCUGUCCCAUAUUGUUCUUUUCCCCUCACCUGUCCCAUAUUGUUCUUUCCCCUCACCUGUCCCAUAUUGUUCUUUCCCCCUCACCUGUCCUAUAUAUAUUGUUCUCUUUCCCCCUCACCUGUCCCAUAUUGUUCUUUCCCCCCCCACCUGUCCCAUAUUGUUCCUUUUCCCCUCACCUGUCCCAUAUUGUUCUUUCCCCCCCUCACCUGUCCCAUAUUGUUUUCCCCCCUCACCUGUCCCAUAGUGUUCUUUCCCCUCCAUCACCUGUCCCAUAGUGUUCUUUCCCCUGCAUCACCUGUCCCAUAGUGUUCUUUCCCCUCCAUCACCUGUCCCAUAGUGUUCUUCCCCCUCCAUCACCUGUCCCAUAGUGUUCUUCUCCCUCCAUCACCUGUCCCAUAGUGUUCUUCCCUCCAUCACCUGUCCCAUAGUGUUCUUCUCCCUCCAUCACCUGUCCCAUAGUGUCUUUUCCUCCAUCACCUGUCCCAUAGUGUUCUUCCCCUCCAUCUCCCCUCCAUCAUCCCAUAGUGUGUUUUCCCCUCCAUCACCCAUAGUGUUCUUCCCCCUCCAUCACCUGUCCCAUAGUGUUCUUCCCCCUCCAUCACCUGUCCCAUAGUGUUCUUCCCCCUCCAUCACCUGUCCCAUAGUGUUCUUCUCCCUCCAUCACCUGUCCCAUAGUGCAGUAUUCUUGACUUUUCGUGUUAUCAUUACUAUCAUUCAUUGUGAUAUAUAAUCAUUUUAAUUGUCAAUGCAAGCAUGUCUGUUAAACUAUGCACUACAAAAAUUAAAAUAUAUUUAAAAAAAGAAAAAUAAAUCGUCCAAAUUGACCAGUUUUUGGCCUAAAUGGGAUAUAUAGCUCUCCCUCUCCCACCAGAUUAAACGUGUGUAAUAUCCUACCGCCAACAUUUGUAUUUCUCAAGGGACAAGCAUGCUUAUUAUUUGUGCUAUUUAUGUAUGAGGUAUUUUAAUGUAACACUAGCUGAUUUUUCCAAUUUCUUAUUUUGCAGGGACUAGUUUUUCUCCACAAGAAAACUCACAUAACCACAGUGCUCUUCACAGCUCCAAUUCACAUUCUAAUCCAAGUAAAACAUCUGAUGCUGUAAGUUGGUGACAAACAAAACUUGUUUAGAUUUUAAGGCGUGUAUGUGUUUUGUUUUUUUCCUGUUUGUAGUAUUUUACCUUUUUCUUAUUCAGCGCAGUUGUAUUUUCUUUAAACUUACUGUGAGCUUUCUUGUCACAAGUGGUAACAUCUAAAGUAAAAGUGUUGUGCCUGAUUUGUUUAAUUUUCUAAACCUAUAUUGCCUUUUUUUGUUAGCACUGUUUUCUUUUUCAAUUUGCACUUUAAUCCAUUGACUUUAAAAAAAAAAAAAAAAAAGGGGGUGGGGGAGGGGACAUUUAAAGGGCUCCUCAGUCAAACUAGUUUAUAAACUUUAGGAUGUUAAUACAGUUUCGGCUCGUGAAGUUCAUCUUGCAGAGAUAUUGGGAAGUAGGGAUGUUAAUUGGGAAAUAUACAAACGAAAAAGCAAAAUGUGACUGACCUUUUCAUUGUAGAAGAGGAAUAAGGGUAAAUAUUGCUUGUAAGUGCUUUUCACUGCCUUUUCAUUAGACAUGAGUACAGCUCUAUUCAGAUUUGUGUGUGUGUAUGUGUAUAUAUAUAUAUAUAUAUAUAUAUAUAUAUAUAAUAUAAUUUUUUUUUUUUAUAUAAUUUUUUUUGCUUGAAUAGGGACUUUUAUGUGCUAGAUUUUAAAUUCUCAUCUCAAACAUGGCUGUUCCUCUUUAAAAUAAGCUAUCUAAAUUGUAGAUGUCCUUGACCUUUCUAGAGCUUAUAUAGUCUAAGGUGGUAGGAGCAAAAAAAAAAUAGAUGCCUUUUGAAGUAUGGAUUUUUAGGUGGACACUGUGGCUACCAUGGGCUGACAAUUAUCAUUGUGAUGGAUUAAAUGCCUAAAAGCACUGAUGACAACUAGUAGCUGAAACGUACAUGUGAGGUGGAGCAAUAACUCUAGAACUUGGUAUCUGGUGCAACAGGGAAGAUUGAAGACUGACUUGUAUCUGGCUGGAAAAAAAUGUCAUGGCUUAAAACCUUGAAACUUUUUUUUUUUUUGUCAAUCUUUCUUUUAUUGAGGCAUAUUAGAUGGGGUACAGAAACAAAGAGAGGGAAAUGCAAAAACGGUUUACAAUAAAGGGUUAGUACAUCAAUAGCGUAGUGAUGCCUCAUUUUUUAAUUGUGUUAACUUGUCGUGUAACAAAAGCAUGUUGUAGCUAGUAGCCAUGCCUAUCCAGAUAGACUAUUAAAAAGUAACAUUAGACUAUGCAAUAACUUAGGCACGCAGUAAAUAAGUAGUAUGUGAGGUCUUAGCAGAAAAAAACAACGUGCGGUAUCAGUAGGGUACAUGCUAACAUUCCUUGUUGUGUUGUUAAACUUUUUAGCUUCACCGUAAUACCUAGGUGUAAGGUAGUGACUAGUGUUUGAAAUCAUAAGCAUAAGUGGUUGUGGCCCGUGGGUAGUCUGUAUACUCAUGUUUGUAGAGAAAAAAAAAAAAAGGUAAGUUUGAGAACACGUUUUAGCUUCAUGUGUCGGAAAAUUUAUGCCAGUGAGCAGCGUGGUGAGUUUAACUGUAGGUGAUAGUCCAGCAAGAAGAGUCCGUGAGGGCUGCUCAGCCUAGGUCCCUAGUUGCCCUCGGUUGAGUGUUGAUGGGACUGCCAGUUCGAAGGCCUAGUUCAGCCUGUACCGCAGCGCGGGCCGGUAGAGUGGGAAGGGUGACACUGUCGUUCCAGGAAUUCCACAGAGGUGUGACAUAGUGCAGGUUGGCGACUGCCGUCCUCCGGCCCCAGGUCAUUAUGAAGGCCUGCACCCGUGAUCCGACUCGGUUACUCAGAGGCCGGGUCGUUCCUUCGUGGGGCUUGGCCUCCGGCGAUGUGGUCGGAGUUUGACUCCUUGUGGUCUUUGGCCUGGGGAGGUAUUGUGGACGGCCCCCACGUAGUAGCCUCCGGGAGGUGAUGGAUGCGUUGGUCUGUUUGUCGUGACUUGUAAGCGCUGCUCCUUCACCUUGAGGCAAGUCUUUGGGCUUGACUGGGUUGUUGCGGAGCUGAUCGCUGUCUCGUUGCCUCCGGCCCUCUGUGCGGUCCGAUGCCGGGGGAGCCUGUGCUUCCUCCCGCCUGAUCUUGUGUGGGUGAGUGCGUGGCCCGGUUACCGGCUCAGCCUCUGGGUCCGACGGGAACAGAAGGGCCUCCAGCUUUUCCCUGAAGAUUUGGAAGGCCGUGUCCAGCCGAUGCUCGGCCUCUGCCAGCUCAUUGUGCGUGUUGGGGAAGCACACCGCCUCCGCCAUUUUGUGUGCUGUGUCAUCGCUUGUGGCAGGCCCCUGUGUCGCCACGGCUUUCUUGCCGGGCUGUAUCAGGGUCUCCCGAGGGUGGACCGUGUUGCAUCGUUGUGUGCCCCUGGGUUUUGCCUGUCACCUGGAGGUCUUUUUGGACCGAUCAGAUCCCGUUUUGUCUGUCUGAAUCUGUUUGUUUAUUGCCGCAGAGCAGGAGCUAUACGAGUUUGCAUCCUCUGCUCUCAGUGGUCAGGCACCGCCCCCCACCUUGAGACUUUUAUGUGUAGAAUGCUAGGUCCUUGAUCUGCUGUGAGGCUUAUGAAGACAGCAUUUCUUUGGUCACCAACUUUCUCAAGAAGAUUCUGCUCCAAGAAAAACACACUCUCCUUUUGGAUUUCCAGUCAACUUUCAUUUUUCAUGCAUUUGUCAAUGUAUGAAAAGACUGAAAUCUGGUUGGUGGCAAAUGUUGCAAAAAUUCCUUGAUACUCCUGCAUUGAGUAUAAACUGAUCACACUUGUGACUUGAAGCUAGAUCAUUCUACACACUUUUGCAUAAGGAAAGCAAACUUGCAAAGACAUGUACUCAAUGAAAAGUUAUGUAUGAGUAAGUAUCCAUCUCAUCACAUUUACUCUUCUGGAUGUACUAUAAAGAUUCUGCUGUUAAAAUUGGCAUCAGUAUGGAUAACUGAUGAUUAUAAAUCUUUAAAUGUAACUGUUUUUUUUAUUUAAAUUUAAGUUCUUUGGUUGGUCCUUGUUGAGAGCAUCAUAUUUUAUUAUUAUUAUUAUUAUUAGCCAUUUUCUCCAUUAUUAUGACAAGCAGGGAAAAGCAAGAUAAUAUUCCGUUAAAAUGACUGCGGUCUCUAUUUUGUGUGCUAUCAAUUGACUGUUUUGGAUGAUACUUAUACUGAUUUAAAAACAUCUGGAUUCUGUCUCACACUAUUCUCAUGUACAGUGUGUAUGUUUUGUCUGGUUGUCUUAUUGAUAAGAAACCUAAAAUAUAAUUAGAAUAAUAUAUAUUGUUGAAACAACUUUUAAUUAAUGACACCUUGAAGCACACAAGUAACAGUUGACUUUUUUAUUCUUUAUAUAAAAAAAAGUUUUUUUUGUUUUUUUUUAUGAACAGGCUAAAAUAAAAUUUCUUUCAAAAACAUGAAAAUAUUACUUUACUGUCAUCCCUCCUGUGUUUGCUACAUAUUCCUACAAUUUGUUGGUCAUGCAACAAGGUUUGUUUAAAGAAACACUAUAGCACUAAGGGUAACAGUAGGCGUAACACUGUCAAAUUAUGUGGUAUAAGGUAUGUUAAACAGAUGUUCCUGUUUCAAAGACAAGAUUUAGGCAAUUCUGCACUAGGCACCAGUUUUCUCUGACUAUCAUUACAAAUUAUCAAAAUGUAACUUUUCAUUUCUUGUCCUGCCAACAACUUCUCAUCUUUUACGGUGAUAAUCUCCCACAAAAAGCUACUGGCCAGCCCGAAAGUCUGAAAUUGUGUUUCAUGUCUAACUAGGUUACUAGCAUCUUCUGUGCAUGAGCUGCUUCUGUCCUUUCCCUGCAAAUCACUUGCAGGGAAAAGGGUCACGACACAGCCAAUCUAAAACAAAAUGGCUGGAUCUGGGUGGCAUUCUCUUGUUUGCCAGUACCUUUUGAGAGCUAAUUUCAGUAUUUAAGUGAUCUCUCAAACCCUGCAGUAGAUGUUUUAAUUUUAUUCAUUUAAUGUAGUGCUUAACCCCUUGCUUCUUUUCUCUAUAUGUAAUAAAGCUGUUUAAGGUUAGAUUAAGGGUUACUUCAACCACCAUAAUUAUUGUUUUUAGAAGUAGUCAUAGAGUAGGAAUCUGCAUGUGCAACAUUUCUACUUGAAAUACUGCACAUACAGAGAUAUUUUCACUUUAGGGACUAGUUACAACCCUUGCACAAGUGACGUUGGCAGACUGGAACUCUGUUCUGGAUAGCCUAAUGUUAAUUCUGUGCAUAAAUAAUUCUCAGCUUUUACCCUUGCAGGCAGAAGUGGGAUAGCGCAUGCAAGGGGAAGCUUGAAUGUUCCCUUCCUCAGUUCUGUAUAAGAGCUGUCCCUGGCGCCCUACAAUUCUUAACUCGUUAUAUAUUCCCUCUGUUGUCUGCCCACCACUCCCUCUAACCAUGUGUGUGCUCUGAGCAAGUGAGAACUGUGGGAGCAAUUAAAUGCUUCUCCGUAGAAACACUUGAGUUUCUUCCAGUGCUGGUCUCCAGGUAAUUUUUUUUUAUUUAUUUUUUUUAACAGUUUUGGGCAUUGAAAAAAGUGGGUGGGCAUCGUUAUUAGUAUCAUAUAGGUUUUAAAAAUAAACAAAUUUUAAGUGUUCUAGUAACCAUUUAAGAUAAGAGAAUUGUAGUAGGUUUAUGGGAUGUGUGAAAGGUUGUCGUUUUUUUUUUUUAAUUUUCUUAAAAAAUUUUUUUAUUUUUUUAAUCUUACAUUUCUUGACUUCUAAAAAUUAUUAUUUUUUUAAUUUAUUUUGUAGGCUUAUGAUCCUGCCGAUGACUGGUCUGAGCAUAUCAGCUCUUCUGGUAAAAAGUAUUAUUAUAACUGCAGAACCGAAGUUUCCCAGUGGGAAAAACCUAAAGAGUGGCUUGAGAGGUAUAGUUGGCUUGAUACACUAGCUUGUAACAUACAUUUUCUUCUAAGUUUAAUGAUAAACUGGUCCAGGCACACCAAUGUUUAAGUCUUCUCUUUUUAUAUGCAGAGAACAACGGCAGAAGGAGUCCAGUAAAGUGGCCGUUAACAGUUUCCCCAAAGACAGAGACUACAGAAGAGAAGCAAUGCAAGCCACAGCUACUGGUAUGUAACAUCUGAAAUGUAUACCAUUGUAAUAGCAUUAAAAUAUUCAGGACAGGUAUCAUGCUAUUACAUCCAUAAUGCUGAUGAAGCAUCAGGGGAGAUGUAGUCCACAAUAUCUGGAGUGCCAAAGGUUGCCUACCCUUGAUUUAGGCCCAAAUAGCUGACAUGGAAAAGUAGUUAUUUUCACUAGAGUCGCAUCUAGGCUAUGUAAUUUUAAAUUUAACUAUUUGUACACUUACCUUUAUGAGUUAUAGUGACUAUGGUGUGACCCUUUAUUUUAUUUGUUUUGCUCUGUUAUGUUAAUUUUUAAUGCUAUAUGUAAUACCUAUUUCCAAAUGUGUGAUUGCAGUGGGUUUUUUUCACAAAAAAUAUUUAACAAGAGUUUGUUUUGGCUUUUUAGAUAUUCCAUUGAUGCAAUUACUGCUGUCUAAUAAUAUUGCAUUUAUUAAUGUGUUUGGUUGCUGUAAGAUUAAGGAAUUGUAUUUGUUUGUUCUCUUCUUGUUAAUGUCCAAGCAGUGGAUGAGAAACAUUCCAGUGAUGCCAGCAGCAUGCUCCCACAGAACAUCCUAUCUCAGACCAGUAGACAUAAUGACAGAGACUACAGACUUCCCAGAACAGAGACUCAUAGUAGUGCUGCCCCAGUGCAACACUCGGUCAAGCCAGUGGUUCACCCAUCUGCUGCCCAGAGCACUGUUUCUUCUAGCCCUUAUGCAGUACAGCCUGAUCACCCACCUCCAAAGAAAUCCUUUGACGCAAAUGGAGCAGCUACUCUGUCAAAGCUGCCCAUGCCCACUUCCUCAAUUUCGACAUCAAAAUCUGACCGAAAAGGUAAAUAAGUACAAUCUGUUGCCAAUGCAUGCAGUCCAGGGCAUUUGGAACGGUUUGUGUAUAGCUGUAGUGUGUUGUUUAUCUCUUGAAUAGUUUUUGCAAGCAAUGCUGAUGCACUAUUCACAUCCAGUGUGUCUUGGAUGUGAUGUUUUUUGAAAACGUAUGUUGGAAGUUGGUUAAAAGGUGGUGGGUUGUUUUUUUUUUUUAUUUUUUAUUUUUUUCUCUCCUUGAAAAAUUGAGGUUGUUUUUUUUUUUUUUAAUUUUAUUUUUGUGGUAAAUUAUUUACUUUGUAAUGUAUACAGUCCAUGCAGAAUGCUAGAGUGUUGCAAAGUGGGUAAUCCUUAUAACUAAAAAUAGAAUGUAAAUGUGAGGUAGUCUUUAUAAGUAUAUUGACCAGUUCAUGAAGUGUCUGUGUUGAACAGUAGAUAAUAGUUCCACUCCUUAUCGAAUGUGUUACCAAAGUUCAUGAACCUGGUAAUGUUUGUGUGUACUUUGUAGUACAUAAAGAAGAUAGAUAUAUAUAUAUAUAUAAAUUUUUUUUUUUUUAAAGCAUGCAAUUCAUACACGUACAGUAGUUAAUGGAUUUCUAUAUUGUGCUUCAGCGCUGAAGAAGAAAACAUGCUCUGCAUUAUAUUUUGCAGAAUUACAGUGCAUAAACAUGAAUGAAACAAUGUAAAAGCAAUUUCAUUGAUUGCACCUUCCUUUGACUUCUAGCCAAGCAUGCAAUGCAGCUUCUGAAUAUCCUUUGAUUCUUGUGACUUCAAUGUGCAUACAAUACCUGUAGUUUGGUAAUAACAAAACAAACAGAUUUUUUUUUUGGGAUGCAUUAUAUUACAUUUUCUAAUUAAAAUCAUGGUUAUAUCUCUGUGAUUCCAAUUGAAAGGAAAUGUUUCACUAGGAGCCCCAAUUUAAUUCAGUGUAGCUAAAUCAGUGUCCAGAGCCAAAAUCAAAUCUUUAAUAUUUCCAUCUCUAUAUUUACAGUUGCAUAACCCCCUGUUUUGCAGAGUUGUUAAUGUUAAGUUGUGUAUCUGUGUAUAUAUACCCUUCUUGUUUGUUUUUUUGCUUUUUGUUUAAAUAAAAUUGUUGUUAAAUGUACCUUACCAAGGUAAGCCUGAUAGCCUCAAGAGGCGUAUUCUUGUCCAAACUUAAUCUUUGUAGUUGCUCAAAAACAAAAUUUUUUGUUUUUCUUAGAGAAUAUGGAAUGCAUUUUAACACCAAAAACACUCUUAAUGUAGCAGUUUUAGUGCUUAGUCCUUUAAAAAAUAAAAAUAAUAAUAAUAAAAAAAAAAUAUAUAUCUAUAUUUAUCUAUACAUAUAUAUAGAUAUAUAUAUAUCUCCACUAGUACAGCUGUGUGAAUCUUCAGUUUGUCAACAGUUGUACAGAUUAGAACAAAAAAAAAGACAUGUAUUGAUAUGUGUUUUGAUAGAUGGGGCAUGACUGUACAAUUGCAGUGGUAUUUAGGAAGGCUUGAGAUUUGAAUUUAGCACUGGGUUAAAAAAUAUUAAUUUAUGUUGUCUCUGUUUCCCAUUGUUAAGAUUGAUGUAUGGGGUUUUCAUAAAAUUUGAAUGUACCCUGAGGUUUAGUGUUCUACCAUACUUGAAAGUAGACUUUACUUAUUGAAAUACUACAGGCCUAGGUUUCCUCUCCCUGCCUUUACUGGACAGCAGCACUUACUGUAACAAAUUAAUUAAUAUGCAUUGAUAUGCCCCAUGAGCCACCCACCUCCAAACACACAAAUAUACCAAUUGUCUGUGUGUCAUUCAUCAGGACAGGUUGUAGUGCAGUCACAUUUUUUUUUUUUUUUUCAGGAUGGGUCCUACUGGUUUUAUGUUAAAGGCAACAGAUUUGUUUAAUCCUUUGCAGAGCAAUGCAUUGGGGUAACAUUCACUUAACGGGUCAUAUCUUUUUAUUCAUAUGGAUACUAUAAUUUUCACUUGUGUUGUAUGUUAGCUUGAGAAAGGCUCUGACGUAGAGCCCAUUGCACUGUGUGUUUCAGAAGAUCUGCCUGAGGAAGUUCGGUUUGUGCUCAGUCCCUUGCUGUAAGUUACUUGAGUAAGAUGGGGGCGGUUCCGGACUGGUGGCACUUCAUUUUUAGGUUAAAAAAAGCAAAACAAUACCUGGGUCAGUUUCAGGCUGGAGAUAAUUAUAAAAUAGUUUGUUUGAAAUGUGUAAAAGUAUGCUGAUGCAUAUACCUGCCCCUUCCACAUUCUUAUAGCGGCUGCAUGAGGUCUGCAGAUGCAUAUGUUUUUUUGUUGUGGAAGGUACUAGAUAAUGGACUAACUUACACAUUUGAAUAAAAGUAGAUCUGUGUCUUGAAAUAUGGCCUGGCAUAUUGGUCUUGUCAAAGUGCAAUAGAUUGUAGCCUUAUGGCAUAAACAUGUUUCAAUAUGAUGCAUAUUGCUUGUUGCUGAAUUUAUUUUAUACCCACAAAUGGGGGAAUAAAGGAAAUUUAAAAAAAAAUAAAAAAAUUUCUGCCAUAUUUGGUAUGAACUAAAAAAUGUGCCAUAGUGGAAAGGGUUGAAUAAAGAAACAUUAACGGUUUAGAAUAUACAGUCUACAAAUUUAUAAUCACCCUACUCAAUUUGUAGAUUUCAUUCCAUAAUUAAAAUGUAAAGGGAAAAUCUAAAAUAUUGCUAUACCCAGAUUCUUUGUCCGUGUGCCAGUUUGUAUCUUGGCUUGACAUGCCAUGAACUUUUUACUAUUGCCAAAUCAGUGCACACUUACUAAAACAUCAAAAUUUGAAGUAUUCUGUUCAUGAUCUCUACCUGGUUAAUUCUUGGUGUCUUUGGUUUCUUUAUCGUGAUGCACUGGAUGCAUAAUUUGGAUUAGUCUCUUGUGGACAACAUAUAUUUUAUUUGUUUCUUGGUAUGUAUAUGUGCUGUUUAUAGAUAGUAUUCUUUUUUUUUUUCAUGUAUAUUAUAUGGAUUCAUGUAGUACAUAGUAAGUCUUGCCUUAGUGCAAUCCAAAUGUGCAAGUAAAAAUCUGAAUACAGAUCAUUUAAAGAAUUACGCUGUCACAAAUGUUCCAACAUAUAGUUGUCUCUUUAAUGUUCUGAUGUCUGUAGGCAGGGUCUUAUAGACCUCUGCUUCCUAUUGGAAUGUUUGGACUACUUUUUGUCUUAUGAUGCCUAACUUUGAUGCAGAUUACUGAUAAAGUCUAGAAUAAUUUUAAAGGGAUGCUAUAGUUACCAAAGCAAGUUUCACUGCUCAGUUUUCUGCCAUUUGGAAGUUGUCACUUUGUUUCUGUUUAUGCAGCCUCCCCUGGCUGUGUCUCCACAGCCUGCAUGUAAGCAAAAUUGGUAAAUAAAUAGGAUCUGUUGCCAAUGUAUGCAGUCCAGGACAUUUGGAACAGUUUGUGUAUGAUUGUAGUCUGUAGUUUAACUGUUUAAUAGUUUUUGCAAGCAAUCCUUAUGCUAUAUUCACAUCCAUCCAACAUGGUUUCAUUUUCAAUCUGAUGUAACCAAUUUUAAUGUUUUUUUUUUUUUUAUCUCUUGCUCUGUAAAUUAUUUACUUUAAUUUCAUACAGGAGGCUCCUGCAGGGUUUAGGAAGAUAUUAACAGAGGAGAAUUAAACAUAAUUUGCAACAAAGGAAGUGUAAACAUUAGGUGACUCUUUACAGGAAGUGUUUAGAAAGGCUGUGCAAGUCAUAUGCAGGAAGGUGUGACUAGUGCUGCAUAAACAAAGUGGUUUAACUCAAUGGCAGAUAAUUUAGCAUUGAGACUGAAGGGGCAUGAAUAUACACUAAAACUGCUUUAUUCAGCUAAAAUUGUUUAGGUGACUAUAGUGUCCCUUUAAACAUCUCCUGUAUCCUGUGUUGGGAAUGCCAUUGGAAAAUUUAUCCAGGUUUAUUUUGCAGGGUACCUGGGUUUGAGAGUGUAAGUGUUUUUAAAGAUACAGUAUAGACACCCACACCACUGCAUCUCAAUUAAGUGGUCUAUGUGUAGUUUCCCUGCCCUCUUAAGCCUGCAAUGUUAAACAUUGCAGUUUUUGAGAAACUGCAAUGUUUACAUUAUUUUUUUUUAUGAAUGGGGAGCUACUGAUUGGCUUAGUGUCAGCUGACCACUCUAUAUAUUCUUUUCACUCACUCUCUUUCUCUCACACACGCUCUCUCACGCUCCCUCUCCCUCUCUCACGCUCCCUCUCUCACGCUCCCUCUCCCUCUCGAGUCAAGAGAUGAGCCAGUAUUACCACAAGAAUCAUAAUCGUGUAUAUUUCUUUUGUUACACCACGGAUGAAGUUAAUCUGAUUUGAGUUUGUUUAACUGAUGUAUAUAAUGAUGUAUGUCAUACACCUAUUAAUGCUUGUAGUGUUACUGAAUGUCCUCAUCCAGACUGUUUGUUUACCUGUACUCUUAAAUAAAGAAUUAAAAAAUAUACACAUAUUAAAGGUAUACUAUAAAUCUAAAUAGAGACUUGAGCAGUGAGACUGGAGGGUCGGUCUUCAACUCCUGGCACUUCAUCUAGCCCUUUGCUAAUCACAGCUGUUGAAAAAUGACAAAAGCAAAUAGAUUUACAUUUUGUUGGAUGGGUCAGUUACACAGUCUUGAUUUUGUCACCUACUUUUACUUUUAAUUUCAAAGAAAUUACAAAAGUCAGUAUGAAGUAUGUGAAGUGCUCAGAAGAGAUUUGUCAUGUAUUUAUAGAUGUCUUUGUACUCUUCUGUGUUCAAAAUAGAAAAAUGUUCAGCUUACAACACUCCAGCGCCAUUGGAUUGUUUGCGGGGGUGUGUGUCUAGGGUUGUGGCAUAUUCCCCCCCCCCUCACAAUGAUGAGGUUCUGGCUGCUGGCUGCGGUCAGUACAGUUUAUUGGAUACCUUUAGACCUAUUGAAUACAACUUGCUAAAAAGAAAAGUCUCUCAUGGCAGUUGAAGUGGUGGAACAGGGGUCUGAGACACUGGGUUGGAAUACACAGUAGUGCAGGUUCAAAUCCACCCUGUGCUAUUUUGGUGGGUAAUUGGUUUGAAACCAGAUUGGAAGGUGUUGUAACAUUCCUGGUGUUUAAUAUUAUUUUUGUUCUAUUGAGGUUACACAAACAAAAAGGUACAUGGGGGCGUUUUGAAAUAUUUGUUCUAAGAAGUGCAUAGAAAACUACAGUUAGUGUGUGUUUAUCUCUCCACUUACAGAGCUAAAUACCUAUUUGAAAUGGAAAUCAAUCAAUCAAUAAAUUGAUUAUUCUUUGUGUAUUUGCCCCUGGCCAAAUUAAGAGACAAUGCGUGCACGCUCCCUGAAGUAAUUCACACCAGACACAGGUUUCAGGUUGAUGAAUAACUUGAGGAAUGUUUAUUCAGAGGGGACGGCAGGUCCCUUUUAAAGCAAAAUUACAUCAUAAGCAUUGUCAGAGAUAACAUGAAAUAAUAAAUCAAUAAUUGGUUAGGUGUUAAGUGGUCUUCUUAAUGCUCUGCCUACUAAGGGUGAUGUCACUGGGACCAUGAGGGUCUCCCCCAGAUUCCAGCGCCAUCUUGUUACACGAGGUGGUUAGUCGGUGUUAUAGGGAGGGAGGGGUUAGAAGCUUCUAGUGGCCAUUUUGUCUACAUAUGUGUUAAUAGCUUAUACACUGAUUUCAGUUAAAUGAGUAAAUAGGCAUUUUACUAACUAGAAAAUAUGUCAAUAUCUCAUUUCCACAACACUAUUUAAUUUUUUAUUUAACAUAAAAGGCAAUAUUUGUUUAAAGAGAGACCAUAUAUUGUAUGCACCAGAACCAUACAACUAAAUGUAGUGGCUUUUGUGUAUAAAUUACACACAGGCUUUCCUCUGACAAAUGUAAACAUUGCUUUUUCUGAGAACAGAUGUGGACAUUUCUUUAGACUGACAGCCACUAGACACACCUCCUACUUUAGAAUAAAAACAAGAAGUUACCUGUGCAUUAUCCAAAAUGCCUAUACACAGUAACUUUUUAUUGUUUCUUAUUUUUAAAUAAGUAUUCGAUGUAUGGGGGCUGGCCAUUGCUGUCACCCAGGAGUAGCGGGAGUAUGAGCGCAGGGCUUAAUUUUGUGUGCUUGUACUUCCUACUUAAGAUCUUCAAGAAUCGGACAUCUUUCUGUGAAUGUCAUAACACACAGCAAUGCUCUGUGAAGCAUAUGACUCGCGCAGAGCGAGGAUUGCCACGCAAGCUGUAGGCCGCCCUUAAGGAGAAACAUUACAUUAGAUAAGUCAACUAUACUGUGGACUACACAUAAAGUGGAAGAGCUGCAUAGUUUAUUGUAGUAAAAAAAAUUGUAAUCAAAAAUAAAGGUUUUAUUGGUUUUUUUUUUUAUUUUUUGGGGGUUUAAGGGUUUUUUUUUUAAAGCAAUUACUGUGCUGAGUGCCCUCUCAUGCAUUAUAGAAUUUAUCACGUCUUCCACAUUUGUAUCGUGCCUUUACCUUCUUUGUUAUAGCAAACGCGAUCGUCACUUUUUACACUAACUGUGAUUGCAUUAAAUACCACAGAGAGAAAGGUAAGCCAAAAAGUGACAUUGCUCUUGAAUGAGCGACAAAGAUAACUUUUCUCAGACGGUCUUAUCAUGCAAUGAAAGAUCAAGAUAAGUACAUGUUUGUACAUCUUUUUAUUUUUUUAAAGCUAGUAAGCAGCAUUAGAUUUGCAAUUUUUUAGAUAUUCGUAGUAAGUGCAGUAAGAUGUACAUGUCACAUAUAUUUCCAAUGGCAAUUUCCUGGUCUUUGUAUGUUGUAAUACACAUUUGCGUGAGCAUGUACAUGUAUUUUGAAAAUAUUUACAUUUUACUUUUCUAAUUCAAGCAGAUGAAGUGUCCACAUAUUAUCCUUUGCCAUUAACCCCUUAAGGACAGAGCUUCAGAAGCUUGUCUUUCACUUAAUGACAACAGUAUUUUUUUCAUAUUUUGCUGUUUGCGUUCAACUGCAAUUUGCAUUUUACUAAUUUAUUGCAGCGACACAUAUUAUAUAUCGUUUUUUUAAAGGACAGAAAGGGCUUUAAUUUGAUGUAACACACAUAUAUAUAAACUUUUUAGAAACCAGAAAAAGGUGGAAGCUUAGUAUAUGGUAAAUUGAUAAGGCAGUGAAGGGGUUAACCCUAAAUAGAAUAGAAUUUAAUGAGAGAAGGAAAGGCACUGCUGUGGAAGAAAUAUUUUUUAAAACAUAUCUUUUAAUAGUGAAACCUUUUAAUUGUUUCACUAUUAAGUUAUGUUUUAAAAAAAUAUUUUUUCCACGGCAGUGCCUUUCCUACUCUCAUUAUACACAUAUAUAUAAAUGCUUAUUUAUUAUUAAAAAAAAUACAGAAAAAUGCAAAAAAAUAGAAUUUUUUUUUUUUUUUAGUGCAGGUUAAGGAAAGUAAUUAAAAAUAAAUUAAUUUAGUUGUUCUGAUUUACAGAAUAUAUAAUGUGUCUGGGAUUUUAAGGAGUAAAAUAACCUUUUAAUGUGUUGCGAUUUUAGAAGAUUUUGUCCCUCUCUGGCUGUGGAUCUGCCAGCAGGGGGACUGUCUGAAAUGUAACAGUCCCCCUGCUGGUGGGAAGUAUAAAAAAAAACAUUUCUAUUUUAAUUUUACACACGUCUAAUAUAUGUACUUAUAUUAUUAUUAAAAUACACUUUGUAUGACGUUACAUAUAUAUAAUAUGUGUAUAUAUACAUAUUAUAUAUGUAACGUCAUACAAAGUGUAUUUUAAUAAUAUAAGUACAUAUAUUAGUAUUAAAAUACACUUAGAAUGACGUUACAUAUAUAAUAUAUAUUAUAUAUAUAUAUACACACAUAUAUAUUUACAAUAUAAAUAAAAUAAUAAAAUAAAAUAUUGAAACAAAUAUAUAUAUUAACAAAAUACAGUUAGAAUGACAUUCUAUAUAUAUAUAUAUAUAUAUAUAUAUCUAUAUAUAAAAUAUAAAUAACUGCAAAUAUAUAUAAAUACAUAUUACAUAAAAGAUUACAUUAGUAUAACAUAGAAUUUAAAUACCUAUAAAUGCAUAUAUAUUAAAAUUCUACAUGUAUAAUCUAUUAUUUUCAAUUCUUUAUUUAGGUCGUGCAUGAGCAUAACAGUCAAGUGUGCAUAACCACAAUGGUUGUCGUACACAGAUCAUAAAACAAAGGAUUAUAUAUAUAUAUAUAUAUAUAUAUAUAUAUAUAUAUAUGUGUGGUGUUAUAAGCUAGGCACAUUUUUGUUUUAUAUAGAGAAGACUAAAAGAUACAUUCCGGUCUAGGCAAGCAUUUUCAUAUGUCAUAAAAGUGACCUGCUAGAAGGCUCGUAGGGAACGUUUGAGGCUAUAUUCUGUGCUAGAUUGCGCUAAUUUACAGAAGUGUACAUAUGCAAAUUUUUUAAUUGCUUUUACUGUUCCCUGGUGAACUAAAGAUAUAAUAAAAUAAAAUAAAAUGAGGUACCAUGGCCCUACUGGGGAUAAACACACAAUUUAUUGUUUCAUCCUGGUUGGUAUAGCUAUCGUGAGGAGCGUUACUGGCGUUUAUUCGCCGUUGAAAUGCUGCCAGGAUUUUUCUUGUGGGGCAUGUUAUGCCUAAAUCUAGUAGCAAUUACGCCCGGCUAUGGCAGAUUUGUGGUCUAUAGGUAGGCUAGGGUUGGGCGGGGGGGGGGCGGAGAAGCAAAGUGGUCGAUAGACCUUCCUAUUAAAGGAGUGUGGCCAACAGGCAAUUAACUUUAGUAGCCUAAUAACUUAACCAUGGCUGUAAAACAUGUAAAUAUAUGUAACAAUUGAACAAUUAAGUCCAGCAUAUCACGGUUCAGUGUCCAACAUAUUUCAGGUAGUCACAUUCCCGAUCAGGUCAGCCGUGGGACCGCGAGGGACGAAGGGUGUCACACUUUCGGGGUUCCACCUGUGUGUCGGUUUGGUUGUACCUUGAGUCACAGCUCCAUUCAGAGCGUCCUGAGGGAGUCCCAGUGUGGGGAGUAGCGCUGUGGCUUCCCGGAGGUCUCGCACUUCGUAUGUUGUAUCUUCAUGUAGGAACAUCAAUUUGUGGGUCUGGUGCCAUUUAUAUUUUAGUCCACGUUUCUGCAGAAGUGUCGUGAGUGGUCUGAGCGACCUUCUCCAUGCCAAGGUGCCCCCUGUGAGGUCCGCGUAAAAAGAGAGUUCCAUUGUUUCGAAUUUGUAGGGGGAGUAGUUUCUGGCCGCUGCCAGGACAGCAUUUUGGUGGAAUGUUGCUGGAACCGGACGAUCAGGUCCCGUGGCGUGUUGCUGGAGCCGAGGCCGGCUUUGGUGCCCGGAAGAAACCAUCCACGGUGAGUGCUUUUGCCUGCCGUGGUGAUAGUAGGGCCGCAAGUAGGCGCCUCAGGAGGUGCGGUAGUUCGGCCUGUGGGGUAUUCUCCAGGAUGCCCCGUACCUUAAUGUUGUUAGCCCGGCGUGCAUCCCUUUUAACGCUGUAAAACGGCGUUCAUGUUCGACGUUCAAUUUCUUCAAACCUUGAACCUCUUGUUGUAGUGAGGCAAGUUGGUCUGAGCAGACGUUGGAGGCAGUCUCUAAUGCUCCCAUGCGGCCUGUCAGGCCGUGUAUGUCGUUGCGGAGUGAGGCAACGUCUGCAUGGAUGGUCUCUUGGAGGUCCGCGAGGAGCGCCUUCAGUACCUCCGUAGUUACCGGUGAGGCAUCCGUCUUUUGGACGGCUGGGGUAGGUCUCUGCAUGGGUGUUAAGUCCGCUGUAUCGUCCCUUGAGGAGAAAUCGUCUGAUAAGUCGGAACAGUUUUCCGGGUAGGCAGCCAUCUUGGGCCUAGCGGUCUUGCGUGUCUGUUGCAGAAGAUCCGCAAUGUUAGGUCCCUUCCUCGGUUUUUCGGGUCUUAUUUUCUUGGUCUUGCGCCCCAUCUUGUUGUAUUAUCACCCUUGGACCUUGAGAGGAGCCCAAAGCGGGUGCAAUUGUGUGCAAAUGAUGAUUUUGGGGCCGAAAAUGCCAGAGCUCUUUUGUCAUGCGACUGUUCAGCUCGACUGCUUGGCUCCGCCCCCAUAUUUAAUCUUUUAACAUAAUUAUAUGAUUUGAUUAAUUAAAAUUUGAUUGACAUGCCUGACAACACAGGGAGAAAGUGCAGAGAAUUUAAUUCGCAAGCACUAUAUUUGACUCUGUAACUCUCCAAGACACCAUAAAACCUGUACAUAGGGGGUACUGUUUUACUCAGGAGACUUCGCUGAACUCAAAUAUUAGUGUUUCAAACUGGUAAAUUGUAUUACAACGAUGAUAUUUUAAGUAAAAGUGACGUUUUUGCAUUUUUUACAAACUAACUGCACUUUUAUGGACUAUAUUAUUGUUGUAAUAUGGUUUACUGUUUUAAAACACUAAUAUUUGUGUUUAGUGAAGUCUCCCGAGAAUAACAGUACCCCCCAUGUACAGGUUUUAUGGUGUUUUGGAAAGUUAGAGCGUCACAUAUAAGGCUUGCAUUUCAUUUUUUUGACCUUGAAAUUUGCCAGAUUGGUUAUGUUGCCUUUGAGAGCGUAUGGUAGCCCAGGAAUGAGAAUUACCCCCAUGAUGGCAUACCAUUUGCAAAAGUAGACAACCCAAGGUAUUGCAAGUGGGGUAUGUCCAGUCUUUCUUAGUAGCCACUUAGUCACAAACACUGGCCAAAUAUUAGUUUUUUGCUUUUUCACACAAAAACAAAUAUGAACGCUAACUUUGGACAGUGUUUGUGACUAAGUGGCUUCUAAAAAAGACUAAACAUACCCCACUUUCAAUAAUUUGGGUUGUCUACUUUUUCAAAUGGUAUGCCGUUAUGGGGGUAUUUCUCAUUACUGGGCUACCACACAGUUUCAACGGUAACAUUACUAAUCUGACAAAUUUCAAUUUGAAAACAGAACGUUCUAUAUUUGACCCUGUAACUUUCCAAAACACCAUAAAACCUGUUAAUGGGGGGUACUGUUGUAUUGCUGAUUACAAAUAUGUGCAUUUUUUUUUUUUUUUUUGCAGUAAAACCCAACAGUAUUAUGACAUUCACUGCUAAAAUGUCAGACGGAAAUACAAAUUUAACCCCUUAAGGACUGAGGACAGUUCAGGACAGUCAUCAGCAUUUUUGCAUUGCUGACCGGUGACGGUCCUGAACCGUCCUAACGGUCUUAUGUACUUACCCGAUUGCCGUCGUUCCCACGGCGGCCAUCGGCGACGCUCCCGUUGUGGGGAGACUGCCUGCAGCCCAGACAGUCUCACCAUGGCGGAUUAGGACCCCUGGGGCCAUGUGAUCGCUCAAUGGAGCGAUCACAUGGUCACAAUAGGUGUCCAUGUGUCUGCCUGUGCUGACAGGGAGUUUCCCUGCUAGUGUAAAAUUGGUUAUGUUGCGUUUGAGAGCGUGUGGUAGCCCAGGAAUGAGAAUUACUCCCAUGAUGGCAUACCAUUUGCAAAAGAAGACAACCCAAGGUAUUGCAAAUGGGGUAUGUCCAGUCUUUUUUUAGUAACCACUUAGUCACAAACACUGGCCAAAAUUAGCGUUCAAUUUAUUUUUUUUCACACACAAACAAAUAUGAAUGCUAACUUUGGCCAGUGUUUGCGACUAAGUGGCUACAAAUAAAGUCUGUACAUACCCCAUAUUGAAUACCCUGGGUUGUCUACUUUAAAAAAAAUAUGUACAUGUGGGGUGUUAUUCAGAGAUUUAUGACAGAUAAUAGUGUUACAAUGUCACUAUUGAUAAAUUUUAAAAAUGUAUGUUUUGAAACCGCAAUAUCCUACUUGUACUUAUAGCCCUAUAACAUGCAAAUAAAUAGCAAAAAAGCACGUAAACACUUGGUAUUUUUAAACUCAUGACAACAUUUUGAAUCUAUUUAGCAGUUUUUUUUUUUAAUUUGCUUUUGUAGAUGAGUAAAAAAAAUUUCAAGUAAAAGUCAAUUUUUUUUAGUUUUUUUCAAUUUUUCAUUAUUUAUUUAUUUUUAAAUUAAAUUACAUGAGAUUAUAUAAAUAAUGGUAUGUAAAGCCCCUUUUGUCCUGAAAAAAUAUAUAUAAUUUGUAUGGGAACAGUAAAUGAGAGCGGAAAAUUACAGCUAAACACGAAGACCACAGAAGUGUAAAAAGAUGCCUGGUCGCAAAUGUACAACAUCGCAAAAACAGUCCGGUCCUUAAGGGGUUUAAAAAAAUCUUAUUUUUUAAAAAUUUUAUUCAUAAUAAAUUAUGUUCCAUAUAUGAAAAGUUAAUGAUAAAUUAAAGCCCUGUUUCUCCUGAACAAAAUGAUAUAUAAUAAGUGUGGGUGCACAAUGUGACAGCGGUGAAUUACGGUUGAACAGAAAUAUAGCACAAAUUCCAGUUUUUGUUUACGUUUGUUUUGAUCAGAACGUGCACUAUUGACGCCGUCCUGAAGGGGUUAAUAGCCAUAAAAUAAAACAAAAUUGCCACACAAAAGUAUAUAUUUAUAUAAAGUAGACAUCACAGGCUAUUUACCUAGGGUUGUUUUGACACUUUCUACGUAGCCAUUUCACCGCCAACCUCUGCUAAAUAUUGGAGUAAAAUUGUUUUUUUUGGUUUUUUUUUUUGGCACACAAACUUAUAACAAAGAAAUUCUCAUGUGUAUUUUGUAAAGCUGGUGUGUGCUAUUCCUGUACAAAGUUUUAUUUUGUGUUCAAUUACAUCUGCUGAGUAAAAUGACACCCCCAUUGUAUGUCUUUGGCACUAUUUCGUGAAGUUACAGUGCCAUAUAGGAGCCCUGUUCUUUUCAGUAUUCACAGUAGAAUUUUGAGAUGGAUUUAACCCCUUAAGGACACAUGCCAUGUGUGACAUGUCAUGAUCCCCUUUUAUUCCAGAAGUUUGGUCCUUAAGGGGUUAAUGAGCCUAUGCUUCCAUUUGGGGUAUUAUACCAGUUUCUGUUCAAAAAACCCCCACAAAGGCCUACCAUUUGUAAAAGUAGACACUCCAGGGUUUCUCAUAAGGUGCAUAUUGUGCCUUAACAUACCUCCAUUUUUUCACCAAUAUAUGCUAAAGUAUGUGAUGAUAAUUUGUGCGUUUUUUACAUUUUUGCUGGGCAUUUUGUAUAUUUCACAUGUGCAACUAAAUUCAAACCCCCCAAAUUAUGCUCGGCUAAGUCUUCUGAGUAAAAAGACAUCCCCAAUGAAUGUCUUCGGCACUAUUUUGUGAAGCUACAGUGCCAUAUAGGAGACGAAGCCAUAUCCGUUUUUACUGAACUUUGAAUUUUGACGCUGGGCCUAUGUGCAAUAUCCAAGCAUCUUAGCAGGGUUUAAAUUCAAACUACCCCACAAAGGCCUACAAUUUCUUAAAGUAGACACCCCAGGGUAUUUCAAAAUGUAUCUUUUGAACCUUAGUGUGGGAUCAUUUUUCUGCUAGCUUGUACUAAGUGUAGUGGUAAUAAGUUUUUUGUUUUUUUUUCCUGCCUUUUUGACACACAAAGGGAGUUUGCACAGUAUAUUUUGCAUACCUUAUGUGUGCUACCAGUGUAUAAUACUUCAUAUGUUGCUCAGCUAUGUCGGCUGAGUACAGCAAUACCCCCGUAUGUACCUUUGUCAGGUAUAUGUGGACAUCGGAGGGGCACAUCUGGGACACAGCCAUUCAAAAAAAAUUUCAAACUUUACAUUUUUACGCUGUGUCCAUGCCCCAUUUUAAAGUAUUUUACCAGGCUAUAUAAUCCAAAUACCCCAUAAAGCCAUACCAUUUCUUAAAGAAGACAUCCCAGGGUAUUUCAAAAGGCAUAUUUUGAACCUUAGCGUGGGAUCAUUUUUCCGCUAGCUUGUACCAAGUGUAGUGGUAAUAAGUGUUUUUUCUGCCUUUUUGACACACAAAGUGAGUUUGCACAGUAUAUUUUGCAAACCUUAUGUGUGCUACGACUGUAUAAUACUUCAUAUGUUGCUCAGCUAUGUCGUCUGAGUACAGCAAUACCCCGUAUGUACCUUUGCCAGGUAUAUGUGGAUGUUGAAGGGGCACAUUUGAGACGCAGCCAUUCAGUUUUUUUCUAACUUUGAAGUUUUACACUGUGUCCAUGUUCCAAUUUGGAGUAGUUUAGACGGUUGGUUAUUGAAACUUCCCCACAAACACAUACUAUUUAUUAAAGAAUACACCCUGGGGUAAUUCAAAAGGCAUAUUUUGAACCUUAGCGUGGGAUCAUUUUUCCUCUAGUUUGUUCCAGGUGUAGUGGUAAUGAGCGUUUUUAAAUGUAUUUUUUUUACUUUUUGAAACUUUUUUACUUUUAAAAACUAGUUUUUAAACUUUUGUUUUGCUUAUUAAUUUUUUUAAACUUUCCUAAACUUUCUUAAAACUUUUUUUUACAGAUUUAACAUUUUUCUAAGCUUUUUUUUUUUUACCGUUAACCCCUAACUAGCAGUAAGCAGCACUAACAGUAAAUUCCCCAUUUUCCCAUAACUCCCACCCACCCCAGCUAGCAAAAUAUAUAAUUAUAAAAUAUUUAAAUUAAUUAAUUAAAUAAAUUGAACCCCUGAGGGUUAAAAAAUAAAUAAAAGUUAAUCCUCAGGGGUUAAAAAAAAAUAAAAAAUUAGAUCACAGUAUAAUACUGUGAUCUGUAUUUUGAUCACUGUAGGCAGUGAUCGACUGGCAGGGAACGGGUUAAUUUUUAUUUGUACUGGGUAAAGGGGGGUGUUUAGUAUUUUUUUAGUUACAUUUUUAACUUUAAAGUUUAUUUCAAAACUUUUUUUUUUAACGUUAACCCCUAGUUAGCCUAACACCAAAUCCCCCAAUUCCCCACUAACUUCCACCCACUCCAGCUAGCUAAAUAUAUAAUUUUAAAAUAUUUAAAUUAAUUAAAUAAAUUUAACCCCUGUUAAUUUAUUUAUUUAUUUUUUAACCCUCAGGGGUUAAAUUUAUUAAAUUAAUUUUAAAUAUUUAAGGGGUUAAAAAAAAAAUCUAAUGACCGUAAAAUGUAAUCCCUGCCAAUUGAUCACUGUAGUCAGUGAUCAAUUGGCAGGGAAGGGGUUAAAUUUUAAUUAAAAUGAGUAAAGGGGGGUGGGAUUUUAAAUAAACGUAAUUUUAAAAAACAUUUUUUUUUUUUUUUUACAGGGGGCAGGAUGAGCACUGUUCCGGCUCACAUGUGCUGCAUAUACUCCCCUUCCGCCUCCCUGCACUUCCUGGUUCUGUGUGAAGUGCAGGGAGGCGGCAGGGGAGUAUAUGCAGAGGCAGACCGGAGCACCAUUAACCCCGCGAUCGCCGCAAUAGCGGCGAUACGGGGUUAAUUUUAACGGGUGACUGACAAGGUCCGUCACUCGUCUUUAAGGGGUUAAAUUUGAAUACAAAAUGUUAAAAAAAUCAGUUUAGUAGAUAUACGAUGAUUGAAAACUUGCAUAUAUUUAAUUAUGCAUUUUUUUAAUUGGGGGUAAAUCUAAAAGCAGUUUGCAAAACUUGCAGUUCUCUUGUCUGGUGCCUAUGAAAGCUCUCCCCUUCUAACCCCACCCAGACUUUCUAUGGCUGUCCAAAAUGCUUUUAAUUUGCUAUUUUGCAGUAUAAGGUAAGGAAGAUGGUCUAUGUUUCCUUACAUAAAGGAUUGCAAGAUGGCAAAGAAGGUGGGACUUGUGGAAGCUUGGAUUCACAGCUGCUAAAUUACAUCAUUGUUGCUACACAUUAUUUUCUACCUUCCCACUAAAACUGAAAAAUAAGUACUAUUGUCUGUUUGUAAUAGAUGUUUGUCACAAUUGUCUGAUUUAUGGGAUCUUGUAUCCCGUGGUCAGGGUUUAAAAUUUCCACUAGCCAUAGGUGAGUGAAAAUCCAGCCCUGCUAAGUAGUACUUCACUAUUAGUGAGUGUACUUUUGACUUUCCAGGCUUGUUGUGGCAAGUAACUUUUAGGCCAAUCAAGUAAAAAAAUAUAUAUAAAUGAUUAAACGUGUGUUUUUAAUAUCUUGUUCUCUAUCCGUUGACUAUUCUAUGUAUAAACCGGUAAUUAUUUUUCUCUUUGUGUAGAAGCUGCACCAGCUGACAAAUCAUGUACAACUCCAUCCACAUCAACUGUCCCUGCAUUAAACCAAUCCACCGCUCUUGCUUCUUCCUCCACGUCCACAGUCCCAGUGUCACCUGUGCCUCAAUCGCCAAUUCCUCCACUACUGCAAGACCCAACCCUCCUGCGACAACUACUUCCCGCCUUGCAAGCCACUUUGCAGUUAAAUAAUUCUAAUGUGGAUAUAUCCAAAAUUAAUGAAGGUAUGUUGUUUUGUUUGUUUUUUGGCCCCCCUUCUGUCCCUUUCAUGUUUCUGACCGUUAUUUAUGUUCACAAUGUUGAACAGACCAAAUGCCUUGAUUUAAUGUUGUUGGAUAAGAUUUUCAAAUGAUUUAAAGGAACACUGUAGGGUCAUGAACACAAACAUGUAUUCCUGUCACUGUAGUGUUAAAAACACUAAAUCGCUCCUUGGCCCCCUUUAUCCCCCUAAAUAUAGUAAAAUCUUACUUUUAUUCUAAUCUGCUGCUGCUUGCUCAGCCCCUGUGCUGCCUGCUUGUCUUACAUCAUCAGACUUGUUUCUCAAAGCCAAUAGUAUAGUAUUUUUAAUGUGAAAUGCACCCCGACUGGGUGUCCUGCCACUCUUUAUUGAUGUUUGGCAUUGUUCUGUAAAUCCUUAAAGGGAUAUACUGUAGGUGUCACUACAGAUUUAGCUUAAUUAAGUAUUUUUUUGUGUAUAGAUCAUGUGUCUGCAUUCUCACUGCUCAAUUCUCCUUGUUUCUGUCCAUGCAGCCUUAGCCACACCUCCCCUGGCUGUGACUCUCACCGCCUGUGUGGGGAAAACAUUUUAAAAUUUUCAAUCAGUUGUUAACUUGGUUUAGAAGUUUUCUUCCUGCUGUCUAACUAAAAGCUAUUAAAGCAGAUGUUAAAUUUAACAGAAUUUAACAAAAUAAAAAAACAGAAUAUGAAAUAAAGGAAGUUUAAACAUUAGAUAUCUCUUUACAGGAAGUUUAUAGGGAGACUAUCACAUGCAGGGAUGUGUGGCUCGGGUUGUAUAAACAAAGUGAUUUAACUCAUAAAUUGCAGAGACUUGAGCAAUGAGAUUGCAGGGGCAUGAUCUAUACAGCAAAACUGCUUCAUUGAGCUAAAGUUGUUAGUGUGUAUAGUGUCCCAUUAAAGGAUUUUUUUUUUUUUGCUAAUUAGUCAGCAACAAUGUGUUGGCACAACUGAUUUUCAAAAAUUAGAAAAUUCAGUGGUUAGUAAAAAAAAAAAAAAAAAAUGUCUGACUGCUUUGUUGGCAGAAAGUUUACCAGUUACAGUAAAAUUAGAAUGCAUUGUCUGACAACCAGAGCUGAUUCUGAAACUGUUUCUAGGAUCGGUGAGGGAUAUGUCUUCGUUAUGACUCAUGAUCUGUGUUUAAGUGUCACACUUGGUUGCUUUACUUUGUGGUUCUCUAUAGACCCAAAACGUGUCAUGUAUGCAUUGUGCUGAUCAAAUUUCUAUCAAAUGUAGAACAUUAUUCACCUAUACAAAUUUUAGAUAUUUUUUUUUUUUCUUCCUUCUUUGGCUUUACUGCUGUGUCAACUAGGGAUCGAUCGAUCGAUUAUCGGUUUUGCCAAUAUUCAGGUUUUUUAAAAUUAUCGGUAUUGGCCUAUAAUCUUGCCAAUAAGGUGUCAAUCGCGCGCCCAAUCUGUCCUCUCUCCAAGUCUUGAGAUUCAUGAGCCUUGGCCGUCAAAUCGCUCCCGGUUACUGCGGCAACUCUCCGCACAGCAAAACCAGGUGCGUGGAUCGCAAGACCUAUAGAGAGAGCUGGAGACCCGGGCCUGAAGUAGUGCUGUCUGGCUGCCAUCUAGUCUGCUCUGCCGCUUGUGUGCCAAUUAGUUUGCCAAUUUUAUCCUUCUGGUCAAUAAACAUAGUUAUUCACUUAGUCAGUGAGGGGGGGUGGUGGAUGGCACACGGCACUAUAUGUUGAUAAAGCUCUGGGUAUAUAUUGGCACUAUCUUAUAAAUGAUAAUAAAGCCCUUGGUAGUAUAUUGGCACUAUAACAUGAUAAAGCACUGGGAGUGGGUAGUAAACUAGAACUAUACAAAUGAUAAUAAAGCCUUGGGUAAUAUAUUGGCACUAUACAAUUGAUAACAAGCCCCUUUGUACUGGAUAUAUGCUGUGCUGGGAGAAAUAUAAAUCAAAAUGAGCUGAAGUGUGGUCAAUCAUACAGAGAAUACACGUUUUUUUUGUAUUAUGGCCAAUGGGUUAACUUGGUACUGGCAGAACAUAGUCCAAAUUAAAAGGGAAACUAUAGUGCCAGCCCAGGAAAGCAGACUCCUUUUCUUGGCACUAUAGCUUUCCCCUCUGUGAAGACCCUGUCCCCCCUGUGGUGCAGAAGGGGUUGAUAACCCCUUCUGUCACUUACCUGUUCUGGGUCCAGCACCGAAGCUCCGCUCUGCCCACACUCCUCCCAUUAAAGCUUUCCUAUGGAAAUUUUGUUAUCGGCUAUCGGCCUGAAAGUUCAGAUUAUCGGUAUCGGCUCUAAAAAAAAAAAAAAUCAAUAUCGGUCGAUCCCUAGUGUAAACACGUUUAUCUAAAAACUAAAUACAUACAUAUAUUUAAAAUGUAUUUGUGGACAAUACAGUCUACACCAGGCAGCUGUGUAUAUUCUGAGUUCACUAGAAGGGAUAAUUUCAGUCUAUUCCAAUGCUUCUCAUUGGGACUUAUGGUGCCUAUGCACAAUUGGAUAUCAGAUGCUUCUAACAAAGAAGGAUUCUCAAAGUUCAUUGGCAUGCUAUGUAUAUGGACGCAGAAAUUGAACAUCUUCAAUUUGAAGGUGCCAUUAGUGGCUGUCUGUCAGCCAUUUAUGGUUGCUCUUAGGAGAAAGGUAGACAUUGCAAAAGUUUUAAUGUCUGUAAUUUUGUUAGUUCUUACAGCUGCUGUAACACAGGCAUCUUUACAGUCAAUACUACACAAAAUUCUUACUGCUGGACCUUCAGCGUUCAACGUCACUUCUCUGAUCUCGCAAGUUGCACAGUUAUCAACGCAAGGUAAACAGCCAUAUUUCUUUCUUCGUACCGUGUCAUAGAUGUUAUAUUAACCCCUUAAGGACGGAGCCAAAUGUACACGUUGUGAACGAAACAAAAUGUAAACAAAACCUGGCAUUUGCGCUACAUGUCUGUCCAACCGUAAUUCACCUCUUUCAUAUUAAAUGCACCCACCCUUAUUAUAUAUCAAUUUUAUUCAGGGGAAACAGGGCUUUCAUUUAAUAUCAAAUAUUUAGCUAUGAAACAUAAUUUAAUAUGAAUUUUUUUGGGAGAAAAUACGAUUUUUUAUUUUUUUAUUUUUUAGUUCUACAUGACAUUUUAACGGUCAAUGUCAUAAUACUGUUUGCUUUUACUGCAAUAAAAUACACAUAUUUGUAUUCAGCAAAGUCUCACGUGUAAAACAGUACCCCCUAUGUACAGGUUUUAUGGCGUUUUGGGAAGUUACAGGGUCAAAUAUAGCACGUUACAUUUGAAAUUGAAAUUUGCCAGAUUGGUUACGUUGCCUUUGGGACUUUAUAGUAGCCCAGGAAUGACAUUUACACCCAUAAUGGCAUAUCAUUUGCAAUAGUAGACAACCCAAUGUAUUGCAAAUGGGGUAUGUCCAGUCUUUUUUAGUAGCCAUUUGGUCACAAACACUGGCCAAAGUUAGCGUUAGUAUUUGUUUGUGUGUGAAAAAUGCAAAAAACGCCAAUUUUGGCCAGUGUUUGUGACUAAGUGGCUACUAAAAAAGACUGGACAUACCCUGUUUGCAAUACCUUGGGUUGUCUACUAUUGCAAAUGGUAUGCCAUCAUAGGGGUAAUUUUAAUUCUUGGGCUACUAUAGAGUCUCAAAGGCAACGUAACCAAUCUGGCGAAUUUUAAUGUGAAAAAAAUGAAACGCAAGCCUUAUAUUUGACGCUGUAACUUUUGAAAACACAAUAAAACCUGUACAUGAGGGGUACUGUUGUACUCGGGAGACUUCGCUGAACACAAAUAUUUGUGUUUCAAAACAGUAAAAAGUAUCACAGCAAUAAUAUUGUCCGUGUAAUGCUGUUUGUGCGUGAAAAAUGCAAAAACGUCACUUUUACUGGCGAUAUCAUCGUUGUAAUACAUUUUACUGUUUUGAAACACUAAUAUUUGUGUUCAGCGAAGUCUCCCGAGUAGAACAGUACCCCACAUGUACAGGUUUUAUGGUGUCUUGGAAAGUUAUAGGGUUAAAUAUAGUGCUAGCAAAUUAAAUUCACUUUACUCUUGGCAUGGGCUGUCAGGCAGGUCCCGCUAAUUGUAAUUAAUUAAGAUACCUAGCUAUGUAAAAAUAUUACAUAAAUAUAUGUGUGUGUGUGUGUGUGUGUGUGUGUGUGUGUGUAUAUAUAUAUAUAUAUAUAUAUAUAUAUAUAUAUAUAUAUAUAUAUAUAUAUAUAUACAAUACACAAGACACAAGAUCCAGCGCACUCACCUAUCCACUAAACAGCAACUUCAAAGUUGAAAGAUUUUAUUUGUUUUUUUUAAAAACACCUAAUCUAGGCAAAAAUAAUGGGGGUUUAGUUACAUUAUAUGAUCAUACAUUGCAUAAGCCUGCCACAACGUCAAUGUACCCCAUCUUUGGCAGGUCCUACACUAACAGCCUAAUGUCUGCUCUUAUGAGAUUAACCACUUACUUGAGGAAAAAAGCACCCCCAUUUAUGCAUGUUCAGGUGAGUGCAGCCAACCCCCCCUUGUUUCAUAUAUAUAUCUCCUUGGUUUUGCACCCCUCCCUGUCACAGGUGCCUCAUCCUAGGGCCCUAUUUAGCCUUGUACUGCAGAGAGCCCCAGAUGGAAUUUUUUUCCUCAAGUAAGUGGUUAAUCUCAUAAGAGCAGACAUUAGGCUGUUAGUGUAGGACCUGCCAAAGAUGGGGUACAUUGACGUUGUGGCAGGCUUAUUCAAUGUAUGAUCAUAUAAUGUAACUAAACCCCCAUUAUUUUUGCCUAGAUUAGGUGUUUUUUAAAAAACUAAUAAAAUCUUUCAACAUUGAAGUUGCUGUUUAGUGGAUAGGUGAGUGCGCUGGAUCUUGUGUUUUGUAUUAUUUGGCCCCCAGCAGCACCCCCAUUUAUGCAUGUUCAGGUGAGUGCAGCCAACCCCCCCUUGUUUCAUAUAUAUAUAUAUAUAUAUAUAUAUAUAUAUAUAUAUAUAUAUAUAUAUAUAUAUAUAUAUAUAUAUAUAUAUAUAUAUAUAUAAAAUAUACACACACUGCUGUGUGAGGGUGCUGGCAGUGUGCUAUGUGGGUGAGGGUGUUUGUGUGUGUGUGCUUGUGAGGGUGCUCUGAGGGUGCUGUGUGUGAGGGUUCUGUGAAGGUGCUCUGUGUGCUGUUUGUGUGAGGGUGCUGUGUGUAUGAGGGUGCUGUGUGUGUGUGUGUGUUGGUGCUGUGUGUUUGGCUGAUUUGUGGGGGUGGAGGUGGGGGCAGAUUAGUUAAUAAAUAUCCCCCCUCCCUUCUUACCUUUUGUAGGGAUGGGGGACCGUGCUGCUGCCUUCACUGGUGGUCCAGUGGAGGUGGGGGCAGAUCAGUUAAUAUCCCUCUCCCUUCUCCCUAAUUACCUUAUGUAGGGAGGGGGAUCCUUGUUGCUGCUGCCUUCCCUGGUGGUCCAGUGGAGAGUGAACUCUAGCCUGUGGGGCUAGAGUUCACUCUUGCGAGAUCUGAGCGUUGCCAUGGCAACGCUCAGAUCUCGCAAGAGGAAUCCGGCAGGGCUGCUGGCUAGAGCUCCCCGGGGUAGCGGUACAUACCUUAUCUGGGGGGCCAGCCAAGGUCCUCUAUCCCUGCUGCACGCGGUUCCCUCAGGGCUCAGAUGUCGGUGGGCACUGACCGCGAGAUGCGGUCACGUGUCCCGCCUAGCUCUAAGAGCGUGCCACGCGUGCCUAGCUCUAAGAGCGUGCCGGCGCUCGGAUAGCGCCUGCUCUGCAUGAGCCCCGUGCGCUCGCCUAUGUCCCACGCCGGCAAUCGCCAUGGGGGACUUACCUGGCAUUCCAGACAGUCCACCUGCUGCCGAUCCAGCCCUCCAUUUAUGCAUGUUAAGGUGAGUGCAGCCAACCCCCUCUUGUUUUAUAUAUAUAUAUAUAUAUAUAUAUAUAUAUAUAUAUAUAUAUAUAUAUAUAUAUAUAUAUAUAUAUAUAUACCUCAUAUAUAUAUUUUACUGCAUAUAUACCUGCCUCACUCUAUAUAUAUAUAUAUAUAUAUAUAUAUAUAUAUAUAUAUAUAUAUUUUAUAUAUAUAUAUAUUUUAAAUAUUUUUAUUUAUAUAUAGGUGUAUGUAUAUAUAUAUAUAUAUAUAUAGUGUUAUAUACGUAUAUUUAGGUAUGAAGAUAUAUAUUUCGUUCUUCGUGUAUUUUGAUAUAAAUAUAUAUCACAAGACAGUUACAACGAAAUAAAACACAUCUAUACAUUUUUUAAUUUUGUUUAAUUUUAUUUUUUUACGUAUUUACAUAUUUUUUUUUUUUUUUAUAAUAUAUAUAAAUAUAUAUAACAAUUAUAUAUAUUUAAUCGGUAUCAGUCUACGUGUGAUUUGAUAUUAAUAUAUAUAUUAAUAGUAAAAUACACCUAGACGGGGUGGGUGUGUGUAUGUAUGUAUAUAUAUAUAUAUAUAUUUCUUUUUUAUUUAUUUUUUACACUUAAUUUUAUUUUAUUUCAUUUCCAGCCAGCAGGGGGACCACCUGUCAUUACAGGCAGCCCCCCUGCUGGCAAUACUGAAGCCAGCUAUACCGGCCAUGUGAUUGUGGGGGUCCUCGCAAGGACCCCACUCUCACAUGGCCGGGGGGGCUUCCAGGGGGUCGGACGUGCCGCGGGGGGACCGGCUAAGUAAUGAAAGGCCGGAGGGUGUACAAUUACGCCCGGCGGCGUUUAGAGCCGCCUAAAGUAGGGCGUAAUUGUACGCCCUCCGGUCUUAAGGGGUUAAUUAUGUGACAACUAAAACAAAACCAGCAUUAACACCAUAAUCGCAAACGUUUUGAAUUUUGUGGGUUUAGUUUAGAUACUGGCUCUUUAUUUUUUGGCAUUAAUGGUUGAUGCAAUGUGAAUUGUAGUGUUUUUUUAUUUUAAUUUUAUUUUUUUAUUCUAAAUGUUCCAAUUUUCUCAACUCCUAACUCCCUGUACAUUGAUAAAACUAAACUUGGGCACCAGCACCACCUAGUGUAUGUAGUAGGUACUGUGCUGUGUACAUUGUUAAAAUGGAUUUUAUCCAUUUUCGUUGGAUACAGCAAACAAAUUCCAAGGAAUCCAUGUUUAAGAUGGAAUAAAGAUAAUUCAAGCAAAAGGGUGAUUAAUUCUUUGUUAAACUAAUUUGCAUAUAUGCCCACCCAAAAUCCCUUGUGGUAGUAACAUUGCAAAUUUGAGAUUUCUGUGGGAAAAGUACGUUAUGGCUUGACUGGUGUGUACAGCGCUCUCUCUCUCUCUUGCUUUCUCUCUCUCUCUUGCUUUCUCUCUCGCUUUCUCUCUCUCUCGCUUUCUCUCUCUUGCUUUCUCUCUCUUGCUUUCUCUCUCUCUUGCUUUCUCUCUCUCUUGCUUUCUCUCUCUCUUGCUUUCUCUCUCUCUUGCUUUCUCUCUCUCUCGCUUUCUCUCUCUCUCGCUUUCUUUCUCUCGCUUUCUUUCUCUCUCUCGCUUUCUUUCUCUCUCUCGCUUUCUUUCUCUCUCUCGCUUUCUUUCUCUCUCUCUCGCUUGCUCUCUCUCUCUCGCUUGCUCUCUCUCUCGCUUGCUCUCUCGCUUGCUCUCUCUCUCUCUCGCUUGCUCGCUCGCUCUCUCGCUUGCUUGCUCGCUCGCUCUCUCGCUCGCUCUCUCGCUCUCUCGCUUGCUCUCGCUCUCUCUUGCUUGCUCUCGCUCUCUCUUGCUUGCUCUCGCUCUCGCUUGCUUGCUCUCGCUUGCUUGCUCGCUCUCUCGCUCGCUUGCUCGUUCUCUUGCUCGCUCUCUCGCUCGCUUGCUUUCGCUCGCUCUCUCGCUUGCUUUCGCUCGCACGCGCUCUCUCUCGCUUGCGCUCUCUCGCGCUUGCGCGCUCUCUCGCGCUUGCGCGCUCUCUCGCGCUUGCGCGCUCUCUCGCGCUUGCACGCUCCCUCUCUCGCGCUCCCUCUCUGGCCCGCUCUGGCUUUCGCUUCCUGAAAUAGGUUUCCAUGACCAAUCAGCUGUACACAGGCCCCACAUGAACAAAUCAUGCCACCAUUGUCCUUUGGAGUAAUGGAAAUGUAUUCUGUGGAGUGAUGAAAAUUACACUUCAUUAUCUGGCAGUCUGAUGGAAGGAGCGGAGAGUAGUGAAUGCCUGAAGAAAGCUAUGUAAUGCCUUCUGUAAAUUUGGAGUAUCGGGAAUAAUGGUGUGGUGAUUUUUUAUCAGGGUUUGGGUUUGACUUUCUGGUUCCAAUGAAGUGUCAUUUUAAUGCUACAUGGCACAAAGACAUUUUAGACAAAUGGGUGCUUCCAACUUUAAGGCCACCGUUUUGGGUUUAGGCCCUUUUCUAAAUCAAAAUGAUGUGACCCUGUGCACAAGACAUGGUUUGACUGAGUUUGUUGUGUCGAAACUAGACUGCAGGGAGCGCUGACCUCAGCCCCAUUGAACAACUUUGGGAUGAAUUGGAAAUAGGAUAUCCAACAAACUUAUAGACAUUUUGAACACCUAGUGUAUGCCUCAUUUGUGGCUGCUUUAGACCUCUUCCCUAUUUGUGUGUGCUAAUUGAAGAUGUAAUUUAAUUUCUUUUUUUCCCAAUAAUUUUGUUUUUGUUUCAGCUACACAAUCCAAUCAGUCCCCUAUGUCUCUGACAUCAGAUGCUUCAUCGCCAAGGUCAUAUGUAUCUCCCCGAAUAAGCACGCCUCAGACCAAUACUGUUCCGCACAAACCUUUGAUUAACACACCCCCUGUAACAUCACAGCCAAAGGUAGCAAUUUUCUUUGCAUACAUUAUUUAACUAUAUACUUUUUUAGCCUGAGAAAAAUUACAGUUUAGCAGGAUGGUGAAUUCCACAAUUGUGUGCAACUCUCUAGUUGUGUGUUUUAAUUUCCAAGGUCAUUGAUGCUCUGUAAGAACUUACAGAACAACGUAACUUCUUAAAAUAACCAACCAUUGCUAAGGAAAGUGACUGAUACUAGAUAAGUCUUGUUAAACAGUAUAUAGGUCACGCAUUUAGACUGGAAGAAAGGAGAUCUGGUCUAAGGCAAAGGAAAGGUGUUUUAUUUUAUACAGUAAGAACAAUAAGGAUGUAGAAUUCUCUGCCUGAAGAGGUGGGUUUAUCAGUGUAUACAGAUGUUUAAACCGCAAUUGUAUAAAUACUUUCAAAAUUAUAUCCCUGAAUGUUAUGUUUUUUAAUUAGUGGGGUAAUAGCUUCUUAAUCCAAGGAGAUAUCCAACUACCAUUCUGGGGUCGAGAAGGAUUUUUCUCCUAAACUGGGUUUUUUGCCUUCUUGAGGCAAAAUUUUGGCGCAGCUAUGUAACUAAUAAAAGCCAAGCGUGGUGUAAAGCAUGCUGCCACUGCACUUUGGAGCAGUGGAAACUUGUUCUCUAAAAAAGCAAAUUAGGCAACUAAUCACUAAAAUAAUAAGGUGAAUUUAAAAAGAAUCAAGUUGGCCCAAGUGAUCAGCUCUUCAGAGGAUCUAACAUUUAAAUAACACCUAAACUUGUUCACCAUUGGGACCCAUAAAAUAUUAAGUGCUUACUUUUUUUUUUCCUUCCAAUAUACAUUUUAUUUAUGUCUUGUAGGCAAGUACUGCAGUUGGUUCUAAGCAAGGACCCUCUACCCAAAGCGUUCAGCAGCAGACAGCAACUGCUGACAAUCCCCAAGGCCAUGAGCCAACGUCCCCUCGAAAUCUUCAGCGACAGAGGCAAGUCUUGUGUAUAAGUUAUCACAUUAUUUAGAUUUGUCUAUAUGCCAUGUUGUUCUCUUACUCACUUUUUACCUCUUCCAUGUUAUAUUUAUAAGGCUCUAAUCAAUGUAGUGCUGUUGUGGUUAUCCUCAUGCUGACCGCUUUGUUUGUGUAGCAUGGCGGUUCUCAUUUAAUGCAAGAGAGUGCAUGUGAGAUGUGUUGCCAGUGGGGAUUUUCUCGCAGUUGACAUUAAAUUGGUUAGCGGUUCCCUCUCUCAACUUGGUCAUGCAAAAAGUGUUACAACUAUUUGACAAGUUGAAUUCUGAUGUACCUCAAUUCUCUGAGCUUUUUCACCGUGUGAUUAGAGCUUCAUACACAUUUUUGUAUAGAUAAUGAGAAAUUGGGAGGGGGGUCUACAUAUACACACUAGGAUUGAUGUAUGUAUGCAUAUUUUUUUUUUUACUUAGGUAACUGCUGUUAGUCUCACCCACCAAAGUUUGAGCUUCUGGUAAUUGUAUAACCAUUGUAGACUGCCAGGCCUGUGUUGUUCUUGCAAGGUUCAGUGGACUCCAUCAUAAAUUAUGCUUUUGCUAGGGUUUAGUUGUAAAUAGUCAAACCAUUGACAAACUGUUUGACAUCAUACGUGGGUUCUGCCUAAGCCCAGUGGUGAACUCUGUUUAGCUAAUGCGAAUGGAAGCUCCUAACAGGAGCUUCCAGCUCUCCGCAGAGGAAGAGGAGGCAGAGACUGAUGCCCAGAGGACCCUCGGGUAAGAAGUAAAACUGUUGCACUACUCCCUGUAGUGGUUUUGGUAUUUGGAGUGUUAUUUUAACAUAUAUUAUCUUACUAAUGUAUUGAGUAACCUGUAUAGUUUUAUAGAUCUUUUUUUUUUAGAUUACUGAUAUGUGGAAAAUUGAUGUGCAUACUUUUAAAAUACUUUCUUCCUUGCUGUCACUACUUUCACCUUUAGUAGUCAGAGAAGCCCAUCGCCUGCUCCAAAUCAUACCUCCAGCACCUGUGCAUCAAGCACAUCCUCUGUAUCACAGAAUGCAUCUGCACGGAAUCAGUGUGCACUGACCCCUUCAUUAGCUGCCUACUUUAAUGAAAACCUUAUUAAACAUGUCCAAGGCUGGCCUGCUGAACAUGCAGAGAAACAGGUAAGCAUUAAAGAGUUUUCAGAGUGUGUGACAAAAGGUUUUCAUGCAUUCUGAGUUAAAAGUUAAAUUAAUCUCGUUGUUGGGGUGAUUUUGAUUUAAAUCUCUUCCAUAGGACUUGACCAAAAUCAUGAUUUUUAAAUGCAAAGACACAUACUGUAGUUUAAUAGAUUAAUCACUUAUUUAAGUAACUGUCCUCUUAAAAUGUAUUUAAUUUUCUUGUAAAUUUAUUUUUAUUGAAUGAAAACAUGGCAUUCGUGUACACAAUAAGACGCAGGUCUCAGAUAUUUUAUUUUUUCUGACCUUUAAACACUGUAAACAGAAACAUAUGAAGAAAACAAGACUUGGGGUAGUAUCCUCUAACCGAAAGUGUAGAAUGUCACUCAUGCUAUGUGACUCGUAGGUCUCAACCAUUUACUGGUUGGAAGGAGAUACGUUUGCCUUGAAUCAUUUGCUCUUUGUGACUUUUGACAGCAUGAACAAUAUCAGUUAAAGAGACAGCAGGGUUUCUGACGUUUAGCUUUAUCUUCCAUGGGUGCUGUCAUAUGAUGACUUCAUUUGGGCGGUUUGGUAUAAUUUUUCACUUCAUUUGUAUAAAGGCCUGUUACAGAUUGGGGAAGGGGUAGAGUGGAGAGAGAAAAAACAAAACAUGUAGCUACAGAUAUACAUUGUGGAAAAAGUGAGGGAGGUCUGCGUGUAACAGUAGCUUGUGGCAGCCGACUCUUUCAGGUAUUCACACGUCUCUCACUGUCCUUUAGUUUCUGCCUUCCAAUUCAAAUUAGUAUGAACAGAAAAACCUGUAAAGCAAACACCUGGGAGCUAUAUUCCGCAUGUGAUAGUCUCAUAUCUCCUCCCUAUCUCGUGUCCCUUCCCCACCCAAGCAAGACGCUACUCCAAGCCUACUAAAAAAUAAGUUUAAGAAGUCACUGGAUUCUAUAGAGACUAUCCAAUAGGUCCAAAUGGCAAGAUAUGUCUGGCAGUGUCCCUGAGCAUUAAAGAUCAGCUUCUCCAUAUGCUGGAUCCAGCUUUUAGCCACAUUAAUAAUUCUGAUAGUCAGACUUUUUGUAGGAAAAUGCACGUGUCUUGGUGUGGUGCAGAAGGAAAGAGGCUGAGCUGAGGUAUGGUGGUUUCUCUGUAAAUUUCUGAAUGAUCUUGUAAAUGUUAGCCUAAUAAGCGCAAAUGAAAUUGCCGUCCCACCAGAUGUGGAGUAGGGAUACCCACAGCCUGUUCACUGCACUAAUCAUCUAUAGUGGACUCAAUUGUAUGUAGCUGUUGUGGGGUUUUAUACCAGAAAGAAAGCAGUUUUUGAGUGGAUUCUUGGAAUUUAAUUUGUCAUUUUUUUGAAUUUUUUUAUAAUUCUUUAUUUUUGUGAUAUUUUCCAUUUAAAUUCGGUUUGAAAAUUCAUUGGUAGAGGUCAUGACAGAAGACAAGAUAACUUAUUCUAAACUAAAGAAUAGAGUACUUAAGAUGAUUCCAUACAUUUUUGACACACUAAUGGUUAUAUUUGUCGGUUCUCCUUCAUGACUUAUUUAUAUGAAAAACAAAAUAUAAAACAGUGGGUCGACAUAACAUAGUAAUUUGAACAGUAACAAUUAAACUAGGGUUUACAGUCUUUGUGUGAACUGUGUAUUGGGAGUGGCUUUUCUGGUCGGCCUGGUAUUUUCUUUUCUCAUUUGGAGUUUGUAGGUGGGUUCAGGUUGUUAUUAUGGUGGUGAUUGGGUCCUUACAUGGUAUUUGAGAUUUGAAGACCUGUUUUUAUCUUAAUGGAAUUUAUUUUUUAAUAUAAUAAUCUUUCAUCGAGUUUUGAAUAUAAAUAUAUAUUUUAAUUUACUUUUUUUAUUUUUUAUUUUUUUAAAUCUGCCCCUAUUUAACACUGGACGCAGUUUAUGUGCUUGUCCAUGCCGCUAUUCUCUCUCACCUUGACUACUGCAAUAUGCUUCUCGGUGGUCUACCGUGUUCCCUAAGAUAUAGGACCAAAUUAAAGAUUCUCGUAAUUGCUUAAAAAUCUCUCAGGAAUACAGCUUCAACCUCCCUGUCCUCAAUAAUGCUCAAGUAUGUCCAGUUGAGGCCCCUACUGCCAAAGACCUACAUCUAUCCUCUGCUCGUACACCUAACUUCAAGACUUCUCUGUGGAACUCCCUUACCUUUUCCUUUAGACUUUCACCCAGUCUUCACUCCUUCCAAAAGUCUUUCAAAACUCACUUCUUCAGGAUGGAGUAUCAAUUAAACUGUUAACAGUUUAUCCACCUCUGCACCCUGAUUCCUCUCCUGCAACGGUCAACAAAAAAACAAAAAAACCUCCGCCUCCAGUGAAUAUUAUUCUACCAAUCUACUUUUCUACUCUACCCUUACAUUGUGUGUCACUAUACCCCACUCCCUCUCGCAUGUACGCUCGUUGAGCAGGACCGUCAACCCCUCUGUUUCUGUGUGUCCAAUUCGUCUUGCUAUAAAUACGUGUCUGUUAGUUGACCCAUUGUACAGCGCUGCCGAACUAGUUUUCGCUUUAUAAAUAAUAUAUAAUCCUUAUCCCUACCUGUGGUAUAUGGCUGGAUACUUCAGCCAUGUACAUACACCUUGGGUCAGACAGUGUUUGAAAACGACAGUUAAUCUCUGUAGACGGAGUGAAGCAGGAAGACCGCAAGACUGUCUGUCUGACCAAAGCUGCAACAUAUAUGGCCGAAGUAUCCCGUUAUAUCCUAAAGGUAGGGAAGAGGUUUUUCUAAUUGAGAAAUAGAUAGAUAUAUAUAAUUUUUUUAUCUUUCUUUUGAAACUUGGUUAAAUGAUUAUAUUAAAUAUAUUUUGAGAUGAACUUUGUCCUUUAAAGGCACUUAUGUCCUCUUGUGUGUAAAUGUAAUUGUUUUGAAAAAGUAUGUUUUUUGUUGUUUUUUUUAACACAAGUUCAAUUAACCUGAAAAUAAUGGAAUUAAUGUAACACAAAUGGAAAUCGCCUCAUGCAACAUAAUUUUCAUGAUGAAUAACCUUUGAACAAUAAUGUAUCUUGAAAAGAAAUGUAUAUUUAGAUUUGUUUCCUGUAAAAGCAUUUUAUAAAAAUUUCAUAUAAAUUUGGUAUUUAUUUUAAUUUCCACCCUAUAAAGUAUUGGAGUAACCAUUGUCCUCUCAUUCAGAAGUACGUUUAUUUUAGAGCCCCCAUGUAACUAAAAGGGUGAGAAUCAAAGAGGGAAUAAUAUAUAUAUAUAUAUAUAUAUAUAUAUAUAUAUUUCAAAAUAGUAUUGUGAGCAUAAAAUGAAAGCAUGGCCUACUAAAGCAGAACCCAUGCUUCUUUGUUUUAGGACACAAACAAUGACUGUUCGGGUAAGGGCUGUCCUCAUUUUUUUAAAUUUUUUUUUACUAGCAUCAUAAUUGUUUUUCCCUCCUUUAUGCUAUGACUAGGUGGAGCCAAUGCAAUAGUCUUAUCUUGGUGGUCAAUUAUGAAUGUAUUCCCUAUUUCGCUUUUCCUUAAAGGGUUACACCAUGACCACUUCUGCUUUUCGAAGUGGUCAUAAUAGGAGUCUGGAUGUGCAUGGCUUCAACUGGAAGAGAUAUUUUUAAUUGUAUGCUUGGGGGCAAGUUGCACACAGGUCUGUACCGGCUGCCUAAUGUCAAUACUGUGCAUUAUUUAUGUAUGUCGCAACAGACGUAAAUGCUUCUCCCUUGUAGGAAGAGCCUGCAAGGGAGAGGCUUUUCUCAACCCACCUUCUAAAUGCAUCUUUUGCUUCUGUUCGAUAAAAGUGAUUGUUCAAAGAUGAUUUGUUUCCUUUUUCUUUGGAAAUCUACAUCUUUCAUUUUAGCCCCACUCUUGGUAAAAAAAAAAAAAAAAUGAUACUUCCGGUGCUCUACCUACACAAAUUUGGAUCUGUAUAUUACUGGCUUAAUUUAUUCUUCUUUCUCUCCAUUUAAGGCAUCAAGGUUACGUGAAGAAUCCCACAUGGGGAGCAUCCACAUGGCCGAAAAUAGUACAGAAUUAAAAAAUUUAAGGUCUUUAGUUCGAGUAUGUGAAAUUCAAGCAACUUUGCGAGAGCAAAGGUUAGCGUUUGUUACUGUAACAAUUUACCAGUGUGUGUCGAGUAUGGAGAUGUUGAAUAUUUUGAAUUCACCAAUUUAAUGUUAUCCUUUUAAACCUUUUGAAUAGCUGACAAUAUUGUUUGUUACAUAUAUCCAUAUAUACUUAUGUACUUUCUUAGAAACAUAUAUACUUUUUUGGAAACAGACUAUUGUUCACUUGGCCAGUUUCUGCUGUCUGACGGCCAUUAUUUUAAGAUUUUUCUUAAUUCCAUGCAGUUACAGUAAGUAGCAGAGAGCUUAAAGUGACACUGCAAGCACUAUAGCCAUUCUAUCCCAUUGAAUGUUAUUGUGCCUGGACUCCCAUGGUCCUGUUCCUAUAUUCAGUGAGCAGUUUAACACCUUAUGAGGGUUCCUGGCUAAACACUGAAUGGAGGAUUAGGCCACAUGACACCAGACACUGCAGCCAGAUCAAUGAGCUUAAACCUGAAAAGUCCAGUGCAUACAGUUUCUCUUUCAUAGUGUUCUAGCAGCUGAAAUUUAAAUGUCAACAUUUAUACAACUUUUGUAGCAUUAAAGAGAUUAUAUCACCUUGGGUGUCUUUGCAUAUUUUGCAAAGACCUCCCAGACGAUGACAUCCCUGCUCGUUUUGCAGAGGCCUACGAGUUGCAGCUGAAGUGCUGCACUUGUGAGAGUACAACAAUGAGGUCUAUGAUGGGAAUGAUACUUACCCAUGUGUUAGAGUCCAACAAUUCUAUGAAGGAUACAGCAGGAUCUUACACUGAUUGGCUUUCACAAUGCACAAGAAUAAUCCUUUUCCCACAAUAUUUUCCAGUGAUGAGAAGUUAAGUGUGAGCAUUUGUCCACACAGGGUUUACCUAUAAGACAGAUGAAUUUCCAACACAGUCAAAAUUAAUAUUUAAAGACAGAGUGACAGAACUGCUUUAAUCAAUUUUGUUUUAUGGUAAUUAUGUACAUCUUUAGAUUGUGUUCACUUUAACCUUCACAUAACAUGGACUAAAGGGACACUCCACUGCCCAACUUAAAAUCAAUAUUUAGUAGAUAUACCCAAUGAAUGCUUGCAUGCAUUUAAUUCUUCACUUUUUCAUUGGGGGCAUAUUUAAAAACAGUUUGCACAAACUACAGAUCUUGUCUGCUGCAUUUUGCAAGCUGUCACCUUCAACCCUGUCCUGACAUUCUGUGGCUUUCCAAUGCAGCUCAAUGAGAAGUCUUUGCAAAACAUGUGCCCUGGGCAAUUACUACUUCUUGAGCGUAGCUCCACCGAGCUAAGCAAGCAUGGAAGUAGCAUGCUGUGUUGUCUGACAGUCAAAGCCGUAGCAACGUUAAUUCCUAAAAUUUUCUUUUGAAUUCUGCAUUUUUUUUAUUAAAUGAAAAAGGGGGGGCGGGGGGGGGUGGAGGGGAAUAAAAGGGACACCCUCUUUACAUAUUAAGCAUUUCAGCUAGCUCAAGUUUUUUAGGAGUACUGUGUGCAGCAGCAAGUAGUAUAAAACAGAAUUGCUUCAGCAACAUAACUGGAUAAUGGUGCCAACUUUUAUCUUUGCAUGACUGUGUUUAUUUGCUUAGCACUGCCUUGACUGAUCAUGUGUCGUGUAAAUCAUGCCCCCAAAAUGGGAUUAUUUAUUUAUUUAUUAAAUUUUAUCUCCAUCUUCAAGAUGACAGAUUAGUAUUGACAAUAGAAUGAUAAAACAAAUUGCAAAUUUACUUCAGAGAGAUAAAAAUUAUGCACUUUUGUUUUAUUUUGGUUUUUGUUUUAAUUUUGUUUUUUUUACUUGUAUUCCAAGUAAUUUUGAUUUAUUUUGCAUUUAAACUGUUGAAUGUGGAUCUAAUUUUCUUUUAUUUAUUUAUUCCUGUAUCUUCUUCUAGGAUACUGUUCUUGAGACAGCAAAUUAAAGAACUUGAAAAACUUAAAAACCAGAAUUCCUUCAUGGUGUGAAAGAUUGUGACUUGCACGUCGGUUUGGAACUGUAAAGCAGAGAGCCCAGUCUUAACAUUUUUGAGCUGCAUAUGAGUAGACUUUGGACCGUUGAGCUGGGCAAUGGACACGUCAGGGGGUUGUUGGGACUGAAUUUGGGAGUCCAUUCAGGGGAAAGACACACGAGUGAUUUGUAAAACCCUUGAAAUGUAGAUUUCUUGUAGAUGUAUCCUUCACGUUGUAAAUAUGUUUUGUAGAUUGGAGCAAUGGGAUGCCCAUGCGUAUCAGAGCUUCGACAUCCAAAACUAAUCCGUGCUGAGGUGGUUAAAAACCUAGCCUCUCUUCAUGUAAGCUUGUCUGCAAAAUUAGCUGUUUUUUUUUUUUUCUGUUAAUUUAUCAUUCAGAAAUCUUGCUUUUCCAGAAAUUAGAGACCAGCACCAGGCAGUGUAUUAAUGUCUGACAUAAUCUCUCAAACAGUUUGGACAGUAUACAAAACAUUUGUGCUAGAGUCCCCUUUCUCGCAACUCAGCCUUGUUUAAAAGCAGUGCUUUUAUUAUGUUUUUUAUUUUUUUUAUUUCCUUCUUAUACAUGUUUCUCCUAAUUACUAGAGUUAUAUAUUUUUUUUUUCCUGUGCAUCUAAUAAUUCUUUUUAUGGCACUGUUGCUGUGGCACUUUUUUCUAUAAUCUUUUCAUUCCUUUGUACAGUAGCUUAACAUUCAGUGAUUGAUCGAUACCCACUUGUUUGUAUAAAUUAUUGAAAAGCAUUUCCACUUGCAACCUGUGAGAUUUGAGGUAUAGCAAAAGUUGGGCAUGUGUGCUUAAAGUGCAUUUCAUGCUCAUUCACAAAAAAAUAAUAAUAAUUAAAAAAACAAACAAAAACCCUGCCCAAUUAACAAUAUACUUAAAAUGGUUGUGUGGGGGGACAGAGGAAUUCAAACUAGUCAGAUGUGAAAUGUAUCUGUUGUAAUAAACAUGUUAAAAGAGAAAAUUGGCUAAUUUCAUUUCCUUAAGUAAAAAUGUAAUACAAUGUCUCAUGAUGCCAAAAGAUAAAAAAAAAAUUUUUUUUUUUCAUUCUCUGUGAACCUUUUAAAUCUGGGAUUUUAGAGGCAAUUAAUCCAAUGUCCUGGUCUUGUGAGCAAGUUUUCAGUGAUUUUAUCCACCAAAUCUGAUUUGAUGUCUCCAGCAGUUGUCUCGUGUUAUUCGACCUGGUUUAUCUGUCUCGUGUCACACUACCCAUUCGCUAGGAUGGUUGUGCUGUAAAUUUAACUGUUCAGGUCUGGUGCUGUUACUACCACCACAAAACUUCUCAACUUGUGUCAUUGGAGUAUACCACUGUUAAGAUAGUGGGAAUUAUCCGCUUUGUAAAUUGUUUCCUAAAAUAUAUUCCAAAUAAACAGGAGAAAAAAAAUCUUCCUACUAAAAUAAAAACUUGGUUUUUUUUUUGGGACUAAUUCUUUAUGCAUCAUAGACGGAUCAUUGAACAUAUGUCUUUAUUUACACAUUACAAGAGGAACUUUUUUUUUCAUUUAACUAGCAUUCCAUGUGUCGUCACCCCUCCCCCUUUAUUUUUAAACUAUUGAGAGAGUAGUAAUUGAGGAUCAUUACUGCAACUUUGAGUAUAUAGUUUUUAUUUGUUACUUUUAAAGUUAUAUUUUUUGUUUUUAGAUAAUCCGAUGUAGCCAGAACCAGGUGAUGGAAUAUUUAUUUUUCUGCAUUUGUAUGUAUCCAUUUCUUACAUUUUAUUUAUUUAUUUUAUUUUUUUUAAAUAUUAAAAUAUUGUUUUCUUUGGGCUAGACUUUAUUAUGGGUGCUUUUCAUAUCUUCAGAACCCUUGUUGCAUAUUUGACAUUUUAAAAAGAAUAAACACAUGGGGUUGUAUAGAAGUCAUGCAAAUAUAUUUUGAGUCUUGUAUCCUUUCUGUGUCCAUAAAGAAAUAUAAAUAUGAUUACAAAUGCAACCCACUUUCUCUUAUCAACUUUGUACAGACAGGAAGCUGCAUGACUGUUUGCAUUUAUGUACUUAUUUGUGUUCUACCGGUUGAAUUGAGAGUAGCAGGUGUGUAACGCCCUCUUUGGAAACCUAUUUGGAACUGUCCAAACAUAUAGUAACUUGGGGGAGGAGCAAAUAAUGGCAAAUUUGGGUUUGUCACUAGUGGAGUAAUUGUUCGUAGCUCAUUUUUCAGAGCUACCCAUGACUACAUAUAUAGAACCCACUGGGGAAAUUAGGGUUAUUGUGACUGCUGCUUAGGUCUCAAUUGUGGAUGUAUACAUACAUACAUACAUACAUAAAAGGAAUGCAAUGAUUUUUUUUUUUUCUUGAAUAAUUUUUUUAAUUUUAUUUCACAGCGCAACAUUUAAAAAAAAAAAUUUUUAGACAAAUUUGUCACUUCAGGUUAUUGCAGCUUGUUUACACGCACAUUUAUUUUUCUUAAAGCGCUAUCUACUUUCUGGUUAAUUUUUAUUUUUUGUUUAUAUGUGUAAACAUGAUUUCAUGAGUUUCUAUGUCCAAGACGGAUGUCUCAAAGAUAUAUGUAUCCGAGUAAAAGUCGACCCGAAUAUAAGUCGAGACCCCUAAUUUUACCCCAAAAAACUGGGAAAACUUAUUGACUAGAGUAUAAGACUAGGGUGGGAAAUGCAGCAGCUACUGGUAAAUUUCUAAAUAAAAUUAGAUCCUAAA